ACCGGCGGGGGCGUGGAUCUCGGGCUGAGACUGGUCGGGGCACCGAGAGCAGCGCGGUCCCACUAGGGACGGUGGCUGUGCUGUUUCUCCCGCCUUUGGAAAGUUAACUCCGGCGCUCCGGGUAAUCCCUCCGGAGUAGGAAGGCAGAAUAAAGGACAGCGCCGUCUGCCCCCGGGUGAGGGGCCGGGGGUCCCGCUCAGCGCGGGGAGCCCGCUUCGCGGGAGCGGCGAGGCCGGCCCAUUGACAACUCAGCCCCGGAAAGGGUUAACUGCAGCCGGCCGGUUGGCUUUACGGGUAAAUAGAGAGCAGCUGCUCCGCGCGGGCCCCGGCUGGCCCUUUGAAGUUUUUGAUUGGUUGCCAAUGACAUCACCGCCCGGGUUAUAACACAGGGGACCCGAAGCGGCGUCGGCUAGCCCCGCCUUAAAGAGGCCAGGCCACGCCCCGGGACCGCCCCCUCCAGUCGCCCAUUGGCUGCAGGCCACUGUGAGGUGGCGGUCGGCUUUCUCCGGAUUCCUAUUGGCCCAGCGCGCCGUCGGUCGGCGGCCGGCCCGCCCCCUCCGAGCCGUACAUUUACAGUGUAGCAAAAGAGAAAGUAACUAUGUUGCUGCUGGAGAUCAAUGAAGCCGAGUGAAUGGGGGCUGAAGGUGCGAACCCGUAGCUGAGGCGGCGCGCCAAACGGUGGAGGGCUGCACUCGUUUAUGAAACUGUCUUGAGUUCUUCUUGAAUUGCCAGUUUUCAGCCUCCUCAUGCCUCCAUCUCCUUUAGACGACAGGGUAGUAGUGGCACUGUCUAGGCCCGUCCGACCUCAGGAUCUCAACCUUUGUUUAGACUCUAGCUACCUUGGCUCUGCCACCCCAGGCAGUGACAGCCACCCUCCUGUCAUCGCCACCACCGUUGUGUCCCUCAAGGCUGCGAAUCUGACGUAUAUGCCCUCAUCCAGCGGCUCUGCCCGCUCCCUGAAUUGUGGAUGCAGCAGUGCCAGCUGCUGCACUGUGGCAACCUACGACAAGGACAAUCAGACCCAAACCCAAGCCAUCGCUGCUGGCACCGCCACCACCGCCAUUGGAACCUCUACCACCUGCCCUGCUAACCAGAUGGUCAACAACAAUGAGAACACAGGCCCUCUGAGUCCAUCAGGUGGGGUGGGCGGCCCUGUGUCAGGAACCCCCAAGCAGCUAGCCAGCAUCAAAAUCAUCUACCCCAACGACCUGGCGAAGAAGAUGACCAAAUGCAGCAAGAGUCACCUGCCAAGCCAGAGUCCUGUCAUCAUUGACUGUAGGCCUUUCAUGGAGUACAACAAGAGUCACAUCCAAGGAGCUGUCCACAUUAACUGUGCCGAUAAGAUCAGCCGGCGGAGACUGCAGCAGGGCAAGAUCACUGUCCUGGACUUGAUUUCCUGUAGGGAAGGCAAGGACUCUUUCAAGAGGAUCUUUUCCAAAGAAAUUAUAGUUUAUGAUGAGAAUACCAAUGAGCCGAGCCGAGUGAUGCCCUCCCAGCCACUCCACAUAGUCCUCGAGUCCUUGAAGAGAGAAGGCAAAGAACCUCUGGUGUUGAAAGGUGGACUCAGUAGUUUUAAGCAGAACCAUGAAAACCUCUGUGACAACUCCCUCCAGCUCCAAGAGUGCCCGGAGGUUGGGGGUGGAGCGUCUGCGGCCUCGGGCACACUACCUCAGUCCCUCCCCACCACCCCUGACAUCGAGAACGCAGAGCUGACCCCCAUCCUGCCCUUCCUGUUUCUUGGCAACGAGCAGGAUGCUCAGGACCUGGACACGAUGCAGCGGCUGAACAUUGGCUAUGUCAUCAAUGUCACCACCCACCUUCCUCUCUAUCACUAUGAAAAAGGCCUGUUCAACUACAAGCGGCUGCCUGCCACCGACAGCAACAAGCAGAACCUGCGCCAGUACUUUGAAGAGGCUUUUGAGUUUAUCGAGGAAGCUCACCAGUGUGGCAAGGGGCUCCUUAUCCACUGCCAGGCGGGGGUGUCCCGCUCUGCCACCAUUGUCAUCGCUUACUUGAUGAAGCACACUCGAAUGACCAUGACUGACGCUUACAAGUUUGUCAAAGGCAAGCGACCAAUUAUUUCCCCAAACCUUAACUUCAUGGGACAGUUGCUGGAGUUUGAGGAAGACUUAAACAACGGUGUGACACCACGAAUCCUUACGCCAAAGUUGAUGGGCGUGGAGACGGUCGUGUGACUGCAGCCUGGAGGGAAAGGAUUCCUGGUCUUCAUCAGAAGACGAAGAGAAAGGAGGACUGAUGUUCUUUUUCUUUCUUUCUUCUUUGUUUUUUUUUUUUUUAGGAUGGGGUAAAGUUUGUGGAUGGAAACAAACUUGUUCAGAAACUUCUUAUUCUUUACACGUGUGAGAAGAAUUUAACUUUCGAUGCCAAUGGUAUCAUUGUUGAUGCCAUUGAUGUCAGGAUUCGCUUCCCACAAACUGAUAAAACAGGGAGGCUAAAGAAGUCAUUUUUUUAAGCCAACAAUAAAAAUAUAGUAAAACUUGGUUCUCCCCCCUUUUCUUUUAAGCUAUCUGUAGAGUUUGUGACGAAAUAGUCUGUGCAGGCUCAUAGACCGAAGAUGCUACAUCUGACAAAGACAAAGAACCAAAAGUAAGGAGAAAAGACAUUGAGUCGUGAAGGCCUGAGGUCUGCCCAGGCCGUCCACGUAGAAUACAAAACGCAACCCAGCCAAGCCCUGUAGUGCUCACUGGUGCAAAGAAAAGAUCAGGCAGCUACAGUUGUCUGAGAACCCUUCCUUCACACAUUCUUUAAAGAGACAAAGGAUACUGUUGAUUUUGUGUGUUUCAUACUCUGGAUUUUUUUUUUUUUUUUUCUCCUCUCUGGGUUUAAGAGAUUUUUUUUUUUUUAGUAGCAAGGAACUUGACCAUUAUACCAUGUGCCUUCACUGGCUUCUUGUGCAAUAAUGUGGUGUUUUCAGUGUGCAAACAAGUUAGCGCUGGCAGCCUCAUAGUAGACAAAUAGUGCAAAUUUGCCAGCUUGGAGAUAGCAAGGAAUUAAACAAAACCAAUUAUUUUCUUCCCCAUCUUGUACCUUUGUUCAAUUUUGUUUUGUUUUGUUUUUGAUUUGAUUCUGGUUAUAGUGCCAUAAACCUUGUUACAUAUGUAUAUCAGAAUGUAAAAAAAAAAAAAAAAAGACAAAAAUUUAUUUAAAAAAUAUUUUUCGCAAAAAAACCUCGGUGUGUUUCUGUUGAUUGCGUAAAAAUUUAUUUUCAUUAUAUAAAUGAAAUUCAUUUUGGGUUGUGCCUCCCUCCCACCCCUUUUCCUCAACUCCACUUCAAGCAUCUCUUACCAUCGGUGACAUAGUCUGGUUUGUUGUUGUAACUUGUACAUAUGACGGAAGUACAGUGCCCGUAUGGAGACGGAGAGAUGAGGAAGGGAAAAUACUCUCUGCUCCUUGUGAAGCAGAGAGAAUUAGCAAGGGAGCAAAAGAGCUCCAAGACUGAUCUACCUACUUAUCUCCUACACUUCCCCAACCCUGCCAUCCCGUCUACAAAUGUAAUUCUUAAUUUCUGAAAGGCUCACAGUAAAGUCACCUUAAAGGUAGGAACAGGUUUACACCCACCUCUGGGCCUUGGUGACCAGGUCACUGAAAGAUGAAGCAGAACUUCAGGGACCUUCCUAGUGGCUAUUUGAUCGACAGGGGUCUCGAAGGUCCCUUCACUGCCCCUCGCUCACUUCGCGUCUUUGCUAUAUAACGCACGCAGUGCCCUGCAGCAAGUUGCCGUUUCCUCCUCUUUUGCAGCAAACUGAACUCCCUUUGAUAAGUUAUUAAGUGCUAUUAAGUUCGCCGCGAUUGCCAGUUCCAGCUGAGUCAGCCUGACUCGUGGUGACCCCAUGUAUGGCAGAGGAGGACUGUGAUCCAUAGGGUUUCCAAUGGCUGAUGUUUUUCGGAAGUAGAUCACCAGGUCUGUCUUUCCAGGUGUCUCUGGGUGGACUUGAACUAACAACCUUUUGGUUAACAGCCAAGUGCAUUAUCCAUUUCCACCGUUCAGGGACUCCUUCCCCAUAGUAACACUCGGUAAUAUACAGCUGGGUUCCUAUCCACAGAGUAUGGAGACUGGGACAGGGGAAAAAACAGAAUCUGGACAUUUUCUAUGUUUUAUUAAAAUAUAUGUCCGGGGGGCUUAAGGAACCCCGGUGCUCAAUGGUUAAGCACUUGGCUGCUAACCAAAAGGUUGAUGGUUCGAACCUACCCAGCAGCUCUGUGGGAGAAAGACCUAGUGACCCACUCUUGUGAAGAUUACGGCCUAGAAAACCCUACGGGGCAGUUCUACUCUGUCACAUGGGGUCACUGUGAGUCGAAAUCUACUGGAUGGCACCUAACAACAACUGGGGGACUUGGCUAUAGGAAACGUUCGCGGUAAACUCAAAUUUGCCUGGGGUGAGUCAAACAGUUGAAGAAUUCUGGCAAGUCCAAUUCUAUAUAACUACAUUUGGCACUAAAUAUUUUUGUGACUAUUUCCAUACAAAUGAUAUAAUGAAAUAUUUGGACAUUUAUUUUUUAAAUAUCUUUUCUACUGGCAGUGAUUUAAAAUUUUCUUUUAUUGGAAAAGUGGAGACUGAGUUAACGGGAAUUAACUGAGAGCUGUUGAAUUACUUUCCUUUUAAUACAAAGUGUUAAUUGAGUGAAAAGUUAAUCUCUCUUGUGGUGCUUUCUGCUGUUCAGGCUGACAAUUUCCUAGGUGUAUUUAAGGAGUCAGGUUGAUAAAUGAUAAGUCAUGAUGCUUUACAAGACAUUUCUUUUCCUUUGUUUGAAGUUCAAAUGUUACAUUUCUGCUGGUGUUUAAGGUUCAUUCUCUUUCUUUUUAGAAAAAAAGAAAAACAGCAAUACAGUUUCUCUUCUUUACCUACAUGGGGACGAUUUAUUUUUUCGAAGUUCAUGGUUUUGCGAGAAAGCCUGUCCUGGGGCAGACAGGAAUCCUGCCAACCAGCAUACCAAGAAUUCUAAGAGGGUUUCAGAUCUUUUUUACUAAUCUACUUCGAGUCACUUAGCCUCUGUUUCUUCACGAGGAAUGUUAACCACUUCAGGAAAAUAAUACAGAUUAGCCAAGCCAUUGCUGUAUAAACCAGACUCCUUAGGUUUCUGGGCCUCACUCGGUGCCCAGGAGCUUUAGGGCUAAGCUGGGAAAGGGUUGAAUGUUCAUCUUCCUGAGAAAGCAGAAUCUCAUCGACCAAUGCAGGCAUCGUUCUAAGAAUCCAGCAAGCGUUCUUUUAUGCUCAACAAUUUCAAUUAUUUAAUAGAAUGAAUCUGUCAUACACCUAGCAGAAAAAAGAUACAGUAGGCAUUGUUACCUUACGUUUAACAAUAGCAGCUCCGGAUCCUCCUCGUCUAUUGCAAAAGAUAACACUUCUCCAAUCAAUGCAUAUUAACCAGGAUAUAGAGUUCACAUGUUAUGGAAAAGCUUAUGCCAGCUACUUCUGGAUCAGGGAUAGACGGAGUAGGGGGAGGGGAGCAGGCAGGGAGGCUGACACACGAAUGACGUGGACAAAGCGAAAUAUGAAGGAAGACAUGUACAAAACCCAGAGAUCGCGUGUUGCCAGUAAAUGGGGAAAUAUGACCUUCUAAAAGGGUAAAAAAAAAAAAAAAAAAUUUUUUUUUUAAAAGGGUAAUGAAAUAUGAGAAACAAGAGAAAAUGAGAGGUUCUAGAAAAAUACAGUUAUGCAUAUAAACAUAUAUGAUUGUCAAAUGAUUACAUAAAUGUAUAAAUAAAUGAAUGAAUAUAUAUAAUAUAUAUGUCAGAGUAAAGAACUAGGGCCUGAGUUACACUCCAGAAGUUGACCAAGACAGAAUGCUAAUAAAUCACUCUAACCAGGUCUAGAAGGUAAGAGGUGUGGCAAGCCAAAUGGAAUAGCGAUCACGCAAUAAUGGUCUUUACCAUAUUCGAGGACGACUGUUGAAAAUAACCCACAACAUGUUAUGGUUGAGGUCUUUGUCUAAAUAUGUAAUAUCUAAACUAAGGAAGUAGGAGUUGAUGUUUGGUUCUAUGUUCUGAUUGGACAGUUGUUAUAUUCAGAAUGGAGGGAGGGAAGGUGUGACAGUUAAGGUUAUGUGUCAGCUUGGCUAGAUCAUGAUUCUCAGUGGCUUGGCAGAUGUUGUCUAAUCAUCCUCUCUUUUGUGACCUGAGGGGACCAGCCAAACAGUUGAAAGGGGAGUUUCCUUGGGAGUAUAUCCAAUAUAUAUGAAUGUUCUGGCAAAGCUCCCCAUCUCUCAAUCCUGCGUGCUACUCAUCCUCCUCUGACCUAUGGUUCCUGGGACAUGAGCCAGCAGCCUGCCAUCUGACCUGCAGAUUUUGGGUUCAUCGGCCCCUGCACCCAUGUGAGUCAGGAGAAGCCUCUAGCCCGAUGCUUGAUCCACAGAUUUAGCACUUGCCAGCCUCCACAGCUUUGUGAGGUAUUUUCUUGAAAUAAACAUCUCUAUGUAUAUAUAUAUAUAUGCGCUUCAUUGGUUUUGCUCCUCUAGAGAAGCAAAGAGUGGUUCCAGAGGAACAAAAUUGUAAAGAUGAGUUUUCUGAAUCGGUUCUCAAGUCUAACUCAUAAACCCAUUGUUAUCCAUUGUGACCCUAUAGGACAGAGUAGAACUGCCCCCAUAGAGUUUCCAAUGCUGUAAAUCUUUACAGAAGCAGACUGCCACGUCUUUCUUCCACAGAGCAGCUGGUGGGUUAGAACCACUGACUUUCCGAUUAGCAGCCCAGCAUUUAAUCACUGCGCCACCAUGGCUCUUUCUCAAGUCUAGCUAGUCUUAAAGGCACUGAUGACCCUAUCUCCAGAAGUGAAGAAAAAAAAAAAAAUGGUGUGAAGUGGCAAUAGAAAUAUGCAAAGUAUCACCACCAUUGGAUCAGAGAUUUGUGAGAGACAAGGCUCUAGGUGAUUGUAUAUUUGAUACUUUUCCACAGUUUUGUCAGAAUGAGAAGUAUAAAGCUGGUUGGUUGGUCCUACUUUUCACUAAAGUGGUGAAAGAAGAGAAUGAGCUCAAAGCCGCAGAGUCACACCUCAAGGGCGGUAUAAAAGUCCUAAAAGUUGUCCUUGUGCCCUGAAAGAAAGCCUUGUUUCUUGUAGUAACAGAGCUGAUAUUGCCAAAAACCAAACCAGAGUCUUAUCGUGAGAGUGGCUGAAUGCUAGUUGGAUUCCCAAUUGUCUUAGUUAUCUAGUGCUGCUAUAACAGAAAUAGUACAAGUGGCUGGCUUUAACAAAUGGAAUUUAUUCUCCACAGCAUAGGAGGCUUUAGGCACCCUUUAGUGUAUUCCGACUCAUAGUGGCCCCCGUACAACGGAAUGAAACACUGCCCAGUCCUGUGCCACCCUCGCAAUUGUUGCUGUGUUUGAGCCCAUUGUUGCAGCCACUGUGUCAGUCCAUCUCAUUGGGGUCUUCCUCUUUUUAGAUGACACUCUAUUUUACCAGGCAUGAUGUCAUUCUCCAGGGACUGUUCUCAGCUGAUAACAUGUGCAAAGUAAGUGACACGUAGUCUCGCCAUCCAUGCUUCUAAAGAACAUUCUGGCUGUAUUUCUUCCAACACAGAUUUGUUCAUUCUUCUGGCACUCCAUGAUAUAUGCAAUAUUCUUUGCCAACACUAUAAUUCAAAGGCAUCAAUUCUUCGGUCUUCCUUAUUCGUUGACCAGCCUUCACGUGCACAUGAGGCAAUUGAAAACACCAUGGCUUGGGUCAGGCCCACCUUAGUUCUUCAAGUGAUAUCUUUGCUUUUGAACACUUUAAAGAGGUCUUUUGCAACAGAUUUGCUCUAUGCUAUUUGUCUUCUGAUUUCUUGAUUGCUGCUUCCGUCGGCAUUGAUUGUGAAUCCAAGCAAAAGGAAAUCCUUGACAACUUCAAUCAUUUCUCCAUUUAUCAUGAUAUUGCUUAUUGGUCCAGUGGUGAGGGUUUUUGUUUUCUUUAUGGUGAAGUCUAAUCCAUGCUAAAGGCUGUGGUCUUUGAUAUUCCUCAGUAAGUUCUUCAAGUCCUUUUCACUUUCGGCAAGCAAGUUUGUGUCAUGUGCAUAUUGCAGGAUGUUAAUGAGCCUUCCUCCAAUUCUGAUGCCCUGUUCUUCUUCUUAUAGUCCAGAUUCUCGGAUUAUUUGCUCAGCAUACAGAUUGAAUAGGUAUAGUGAAAAGAUACAACCCUGAUGCACACCUUCCCUGACUUUAAACCAUGUAGUAUCCCCUUCUGUUUGAAGUCUCUUGGUCUAAGUACAGGUUCUUCAUGAGCACAGUUAAGUGUUCUGGAAUUCCCAUCCUUCUCACUAUUAUCCAUAAUUUGUUAUGAUCCACACAGUCAAAUGCCUUUGCCUAAUCAAUAAAACAUAGGUAAAUAUCUUUCUGGUAUUCUCUGCUUUCAGCCAGGAUCCACCUGACAUCAAGAGUGAUAUCCCUCGUUCCACACCCUCUUCUGAAUCCGGUUUGAAUUUCAUGCAGUUCCCUGUUGAUGAACUGUUGUGACUGCUUUUAAAUGAUCUCUAGCAGAAUUUUACUUGAGUGUGAUAUUAAUGACAUUAUUUGAUAAUUUUUGCAUUCUGUUGGAUCACCUUUCUUUGGAAUGGGUACAAAUAUGGAUCUCUUCCAGUCGGUUGGCCAGGUGGUUGUCUUCCAAAUUUCUUGGCAUAGAUGAGUGAGCCCCUCCAGUGCUGUAUCCAUUUGUUGGAACAUCUCAGUUGGUAUUCUGUCAGUUUCUGGAGUCUUGUUUUCCAUCAGUGCCUUCAGUGGCGCUUAGACCUCUUCCUUCAGUACCAUCAGUCCUUGAUCAUAUGCUAUGUCUUGAAAUGGUUGACAGUCGACCAAUUCUUUUUGGUAUAGUGACUCUGUGUAUUCCUUUCAUCUUCUUUUGAUGCUUCCUGUGUUGUUUAAUAUUUUCCCCAUAGAAUCCUCCAAUAUUGCAACUCAAGGCUUGAAUUUUUUCUUCAAUUCUUUCAGCUCGAGAAAUGCUGAGCAUGUUCUUUCCUUUUGGUUUUCUAUCUCCAGGUCUUUGCACAUAUAAUUAUAAUACUUUGUUUUCUUGAGCUGCCCUUUGAAAUCUGUUCAGCAGUUUUACUUGAUUGUUUCUUCCUUUUGUUUUAGCUACUCUACAUUCAAAAGCAAGUUUCAGAGUCUCUUCUGACAUCCAUUUUAGCCUUUUCUUUCUUUCCCGUUUUUUUAAUGACUUCUUGCUUUCUUCAUGUAUGAUGUCGUUGAUGCCAUUCCACAGCUAGUCUUGUCUUCAGUCAAUAAUGUUCAAUGUGUCAAAUAUAUUCUUGAGAUGGUCUUUAAAUUCAGGUUGGAUAUACUCAAGGUUGUACUUUGGCUUUCAAGGACUUGCUCUAAUUUUCUUCAGUUUCAACUUCAACUUGCAUAUGAGCAAUUGAUGUCUGUUCCACGGUUGGCCCAUGGCCUUGUUCUGACUGAUGAUAUUGAGCUUUUCUAUCAUCUCUUUUUACGGAUGUAGUCAAUUUGAUUCCUGUGUGUUCCAUUUGGCAAGGUCCAUGUGUAUAGUCACCAUUUAUGUUGUUGAAAAAAGUUAUUUGCAAUGAAGAAGUCGUUGGUCUUACAGAAUUCUAUCAUGUGAUCUCCAACGUCAUUUGUAUCACCAAUGCCAUAUUUUCUAACUACCAACCCUUCUUCUUUAUUUCCAGCUUCUGCUUUCCAAUUGCCAGUAAUUAUCAAUGUGUCUUGAUUGCAUGUUUGAUCAAUUUCAGACUGCAGAAAUUGGUAAAAUCUUCAAUUUUCUCAUCUUUGGCAUUAGUGGUUGGUGGGUAAAUUUGAAUAAUAGUCAUAUUAAGUGGUCUUCCAAGUAGGCAUAUGGAUAUUAUUCCAUCACUGACAGUGUUAUACUUCAGGAUAGACUUUGAAAUGGUCUUUUUGACGAUGAAUGCAAUGCCAUCCUUCUUCAAUUUGUCAAUCCUGGCAUAGUAGACCAUAUGGUUGUCCUAUUCAAAAUGAAUAACACCAGUCCAUUUCAGCUCACUAAUUCCUAGGAUAUUGAUCUUUAUGCUUUCUGUUUCAUUUUUGACUACUUCCAAUUUUCCUACAUUCAUGUUUUGUACAUUCCAGGUUCCAAUUAUUAACGGAUGUCUGCAGCUGUUUCUUCUCAUUUUGUGUCAUGCCAUAUCAGCAAAUGAAGGUCCGGAAAGCUUGACUCCAUCCACAUCAUUAAGUCAACUCUACUUUGAGGAGGUAGCUCUUCCCCAGUUGUAUUUUAAGUGCCUUCCAACCUGAGAGACUCAUCUUCCGGUACUACAUCAAACUAUUCCAUUACUAUUCAUAAGGUUUUUACUGGCCAAUUUUUCAGAAGUAGACGGCCAGGUCCUUCUUCCUAGUCUGUCUUAGCCUGGAAGCUCCACUGAAACCUGACCACCAAGGUCGACUCUGCUGGUUUUUGAAAUACCCGUGGCAAAGCUUCCAGUAUCACAGCAGCAUGCAAGCCAGCACAGUACAACAAACUGGAAGACACUUGGUGGAUUUACAGGGUAAGAAGAAUGAAUUUUGCUAGUGGGUCAAAAAGGGUAAUAGUGAGAGGAGCUCCUCCCAUUUCCAGCCUUUGAUUCCAGGGCCUAUGAAUCCUAGAUAAGGGAGAAACAGCAACGUUAUUGGUUGAUGAUUUAGAGAAUUACUACAUCUUGUUGGACAUCUUGCUAGCCCUGCAAAGUGUUUCCAUCCAACUAUCAGAAUAACUGAAUCUUUAAAAGAACCGUUCCACUUCUUCAGACUGAUGGAGAACACGGUAAGAUUAGUGGAUUCCAUGAACAUGAGCCUUUUGCCUCACGUCAUUUGCUGCACAAUAAGUUUCUUGGUCAGAAUCAAAGCAUCGCAGAAUACCACGAUGGUGGAUAAGACAUUCUGUAAAUCCACAGAUACUGAUUUUGGCAAAAGCAGGCAGGGAAGGCAGAUCCAUAUGAAGUGUAAGUUUCUAUGAAUCUAGAACAGAAUACUGCCUCUUCUGUGAUAGAAGUGGUCCAAUGUAAUUAAUCUGCCACCAGGUAGCUGUCUGAUUCCCCUAAGGAAUGGUGCCACUUUAGGAGCUUGGUGUUGGCCUCUGCUUUUGGCAGGUUGGACACUUAGCAGUGGCUGUAACCAGAUUACCCUUGGUGAGGGGAAGUUCAUUUUGCUGAGCUCAUACAUACCCUGUAUCCCUGCCACUAUGACUACUUUAUUCAUGAGCCCAAUUGUCAAGGAUAAGAGUGACCAGAGAAAGAGAUCUGACAGAGGUCCAUGGAAUGGGUCAUCUUUUCCAACUGAUUAUUAAGAUUCCCCCUGUACUGAGGUUAAGGAGUUCUGGUAGCGCAACUGUUAAGCACUUGGUUGCUAACCAAAAUACUGAUGGUUCAAACCCUCCCAGCAGCUCUGUGGGAGAAAGACCUGGUGAUCUGCUCUUGUGGAGAUUAUAGCCUAGAAAACCCUAUGGGGCAGUUCUACACUACAUGGAGUUGUUAUGAGUUGAAAUCAACUCAACAGCACCAAAAACAACAACAUGCUGAGACUGAGGGACAGUGGUGGUUCAGUGGUAGAAUUCUCACCUUUUAUGCAGGAAACCCAGGUUUGAUCUCUGGUAAAUAUACCUCAUGCACAGUCAGCAGCCACCUGUCAGUGGAGGCUUUUGUGUUGCUGUGGUGUUGAAGAGGUUUCAAUGGAGCUUCAAGACUAACAUGGAUUAGAAAGAAAGACCUGGCAAUUUAUUUCCAAAAAUCAGCAAAUGAAAAACCUAUGGAUUACAAUGGGCCAAUACGCAACUGAUCCUGGGGAUGGUAUAAGACCAGGCAACCUUUUGUUCCAUUGUGCACGGGGUCUUCAUGAGUUGGGGCUGACUAGAUGGCAGCUAAUAACAACAACAUGCUGAGGUUGAGCUGUGGUGAGCAUUCACGUGGGACACAUUCCAUGCCCAUUCAGGGAGGUCUAUCUCUAUACUUCUUCUCCAUACUUUCCGGUCACUAAUUUUCCAAUCAUGUUUCUUCUAGGUCUUGAUCAUCUGGUCAAAUCAUUAGUUACCAUCUAUGAAACAAUGUAGAUUCAUGCUUCUGGUUUUCUCUCCUUCCAGGCAAAGUCACCCAGGUGCACUGCUGGAAGUUCUGCCCCAGUGGGAUGACUGUCCUUCAACACUAUUGUUCGAGGCAACCACAAAGUAGGGCUGUAGUGAUGUAGCCAUUCAUUUUUGGAUGAUACCAGGAUAUUAUGCAAAACUAUCUGUAAACAAGGCCAACAGUCUUUCAGUCCAUCAUCAAAGGGAACUUCUCAUGAGACCAAAGAUAUGAGUUCCAGGAAAGCAGCUAUGGUAGCAGCAAUAGCGGCUACGGGUAUCUAGGUCACUCACUUAUUCCACUUACUUGGGCUUUCAGGACCAUCUUGAGUCCAAUUUCAUCUGUUUCUCUUCCAUCUGAUAACGGGAUUAUCCAUUAUCCACUGUUAUUCAUGUCUAGCUUAGUGGGUCAAACAACACUUAGCUCAUCAUAGAUAGCUCAGGCUGCACUGUAACUUGAUGGCCCAUUAUCGAACUUCCAGUUUCAAACUACUUUUCAAAAAAGAGUCAUUUUUCUGCAAAAGCUGUCGUAAUUUUGCUCCAAAAUCCUAAAUAUCUGUUUUAUAAUUCACCUAUAAGUUAAACGACCCAAUAAAGGAUCCCUGUCUAAUAAAAACACUUCAACCACCUUCGGCUAUACUGGGUGCAGAUGUCAGAGCAGCUUUCACUGCAGUCUGGAACUUUUGUAGAGCCUUCUCUUGUUCUGGGCCCCAUUCACAACUAAUGACCUUUCAUGUUACACUGUAAAUGGGUUAUAUACAGCAGCAUGGCCAAUGAGGCCUAUACUCCUUCCCAAAUCCAAAGAGACUCAUUAGACAUUGUGCCUCUUUCUUAGUGGUAGGAGGUACUGGAUGUAGCAACGUAAAAGAAAUUUCUUGACAUGUUCCAAACCCCUAGAUCUCUAGAAAUUUCACUGGGGGAGGGCUCUGAAUUUUUGUGGAAUUUAUUUCACACCCACUGGUAUGAAAGUAUCUUAACAAGUUAUCUAGAAUAGUUACUACAUCCUGCUCACCAGGUCUAGUUGGCAUGAUAUCAUUAAUAUAAUGUACCUACAUGAUGUCUUGUGCAAUGUGGAGACAAUUAAGGUCCCUGUGGACUAAAUUAUGACAUAGACUAUAGAGUUGAAAUAGCCUUUAGGUACAUUGCUGGUCCUGCCAACUGAAAGCAAAUUGCUUCUGAUGGUCUUUAGUUAGGGGUUAGCAAAAACAUUCUGUAAAAAGCCAGAUAGUAAAUAUUUUAGUCUUUGUGGGGCAUGUCAUUUCUGUCACAACUUCUCAACUCUGUUGUUGUAACACAAAAACAGACAUGGAUAAUAUGUAAAUGAGUGAGUAUAGAUGUUUUCCAGUAGAACUUUAUUUACGAAAACAUACAGCAGACUAGAUUUGGCUCAUGGGCUGGAAUGGUCCAACUCCUGUUCUUUACUAAGAAGAAUAGAGAAAUAAGCAUUUACCAAAUGAAUAGCUAGUUACCAGGUGCCAGGAGCUGUGUUGAUUUGCUCCAUCAAUGAAGCCACAUCUGGAACAGCAGCUGCAAUUAGAGCUAACAUUAGACUGAGAUUUUUUUUUAAAUCCACUGUCAUUCUCCAAUAUUCAUCUGUGUUCUGCAUAGGUCAAACAGAUAAAAUAAAUGGGUAUAUGGUAGCUCUUGCGGAGCACCUUGUUGCUGGCUCUCCAUAAUUAUUUUAGGGGUGUAAUAUUGCUUUUGUUCAUUAUUUUGGCAGGUAGUUUAUCUAUUUCAAAACUUAGUGAUUUAAAAGAACAAAAACAAAUUGUUUUUCUCAUUAAUCUGAUAUCUAAGCAAGGUUCAAUAGUAGCAGCUCAUCACUGCUUCAAGAAACAUCAUCUGGGUAUCUUGACUGGGGCUGGAGGAUCUACUUCAAAGAUGGCUUGCUCAAAUGGCUUGGUGUGAGGGUUAAGAUUGUGUGUCAAUUUGGCUGGGCCAUGGUUCUCAGUGUUUAUAUGUGAUCACCCCCAUGAUGGGAUCUGCUGUGAGUAGCCAGUCAGUUGAAAAGGAGUUUCCUUGGGUGUGUGGCCUGCACCCGAAUGUAACUGGACAUUCUGCUUUUGUCUUUUCUGAAUCCUACAGCUGCCUCCUGUUUGUCUGACCUCUGGUUCUUGACUCUUGAGCUAGCAGCUUACCUGCUGAUCUUGGGUUCAUCAGCCCCUGCAGCUACGUGAAUCAGGAGAAGCUUCCAUUCUGAACCAGCCUCUACAAUCUCAGGAGCCUUUUUCUUGAUAUUGAUCUCUCUCUUAUACACUUUACUGGUUUUGCUUCUCUAAAGAACCCAGCCUAAGAUGCUUGGUGAUUUGCUUCUUGUAGUUGACUGGAAACUCAUCCAGGGUUGUCCACUGGAGACCGUGGAUGCUCUUCACAUUAACCUGUCCAUGGGAAUGUCUGGGUGUCCUCAAAACAGGGCAGCUAGUUUCCAAGAGCAAGCAUUCCAAGGAGCUUGGAUGAAAGAUGCCAGGAUGCUAAAUCACAUAAACUCAGAUUAAGUGAUCUCUCAGGAUGUCACUUCUGUACAUUCUAUUUAUCAAGUGAAGCACUAAGGCAAGAUCAGAUUCAGGAGAGAAGAAUCAUUUUUAGUAGUAAUCUAGAGAAGGCAGUAAUGGGGGAUGACAGUAAGGAAAGCAAAGACCUUAAUUUCCUCCGUAAAUCAUUUCAGAUAGUUUUGUAAUUCAGGGCUAACAGUUGAACUCCACAUUGGUUCCAAUGACUACUCCUCUUCCAGGCUCCUAGCCCAAACCCUGAAGAAUGGGGGUGGGGGGGGAAGGAUGCCAAGGGAGAGCUAUACCUACUUGACAAUUCCUUGAACUCUUUGUUCUGAUAGGCAUGCCAGUUUUCCUAAGAAUCACACCACCUAUCUUUUUAUUUCACCCAGAUCAGACUUUCACAAUGUAACACAUUUUGAAGGUGACUGGUUUGAGAGCCAUUUUAUAGUUCAUAACUCAGUGCUAAUUCUCUGGACCUCCUCUCCUUCCUUUGGCUUGAUAUGUUGCAAAGACAAACCUGAAUGCUCCUGAUGUGGGGAAGGGGGGACUACUAUUGGAACUUGGAAUGAUUGCUCACCAUUGGAAAAAUGGAUGCCCCCACCUGCUUGCACACAGGAUGAGCUUUCAGACUUGUACCUUCCAGAAGAUACUUAACUUCUUACCAGCCAACUAUGGAUCUUGGAAAGAGGCCCUGCCUUAUAUUUGGCUUAGGAGCCUUGGGUGGUGCAAGUGGUUGCUUGGCUGCUGUCUUAGUUAUUGAAUGCUGCUAUAACGCCAAUACCACAGGUGGAUGGCUUUAACAGACAGAAGUUUAUUCUCUCACCGUCUGCUAGGCUACAAGUCCGAAUUCAGGGCACUCAUUCCAGGGGAAGUAUUCCUCUCUCUGUUGGCUCUGGAGAAAGGUCCUUGUCAUCAAUCUUCCCCUGGACGGCAAGUGCUCUGCUCCAAGCACUGCUUUCUUGGUGGUAUGAGGCCCCCAUCUCUCUGUUCACAUCACUCUUUUAUAUCUCAAAAGAGAAUGAUUUAAGGCACAACCUAAUCUUGUAAAUUGAGUCCAGCCUUACUAACAUAACUGCCUCUAAUCCUGCCUCAUUAACAUCGUAGAGGUAGAAUUUACCAAACCAAAACCCUUCGCCUGUGGAGUAGAUUCCUACUUAUAGCGACCCUAUAGGACAGAGCAGAACUGCCCCAUAGAGUUCCCAAGGAACAACUGGUGGAUUCAAACCACCGACCCUUCCGUCAGCAGCUGUAGCACUUAACCACUACACGACCAGAGUUUCCGUAGGAUUUACAACACAUAGGAAAAUCACAUCAGAAGACAAAAUGGUAGACGAUCAUACAAUACUGGGAAUCAUGGCCUAGCCAAGUUGACACACAUUUUUGGGGGAUACAAUUCAAUCCAUAACAUACCCCAAUUAUCAGAAAGGAGAUUCCGUGUAGUUAUCAGGAAGACUAACCAAGCUGUUAAACUUCGGGACAGAUGAGCCCCUGGGUGGUGCAUACAGUUAAGUGCUAGUCUCCUAACUGUAAUGUUGGCAGCUCGAGUCUACCCAAAGCACCUCAGAAGAAUAGCCUGGUGGUCUGCUUCUGAAAAAUCAGCAAAUGAAACCCCUAAGGAGCACAGUUCUCCUCUGUCACACAGGAGGUUGCCAUGACACGAUAGCAACUUUUUUUUUUUUUUUUCCCUGUUCUGGACAUAAGUAGGUGGAAUUCUUCAAGAAAAUGAUCUUCUCAAUGUCAGGCAGUACUAGCCCUUAACAUCUACCCAUUUAUUUGCUCAUUCAACAAACACUUGCUUCAUUUACAUCAUGUGGAAACCCUGGGGGCAUAGUGGUUAAGAGUUGGGCUGCUAACCAAAAGGUAGGCAGUUCAAAUCCUCCAGGAGCUCCUUGAAAACUCUCUGGGGCAGUUCUACUCUCUCCUAUAGGGUCUCUAUGAGUCUGAAUUGACUGGAUGGCAACACGUUUGGUUUGGUUUGGGUUUAAUCUUUACAGAAACGGAUCAUCGGGUCUUUCUUCUGCAAAGCCGCUGUGUAGGUUCGAACUGUCAACAUUUUGGUUAGCAGCUGAAUAUUUAACUUCUGUGCCAUCAUGACUCCUUCUUCUUUUGGAUGGCAGGGAGAAAAUAGCUGGUUCCAAGUGAGGGAAGAGACAAGGUCAGGCUCAAUGGUGGAAGAGCAGCAAAAUAAUUAUUACCAUAAUUGUAACACUCUGCAUUUAAAUGGCACUCUCUUUCCAAAGAGCUUUUAAUACUUUUCUAAAUAUCUUUUUUGAAUUCAAAAGCAUUUACUUAAGAAUGUACAGCAAAGUAUAAUUACAGUUUUACUCUGAAAUAUGUCAAUACAGAGUAUACUUACUGAAAAUUAAAUUAUUAACAUAUACAUGUAAAUUUUUAUGAUGUAUUUUUGACAAAGGAAGUCCCAGAGUAUGGAUCUUUGAGGAAAACAUUAAAUGUAGAUCCUAAAUCAUUUCCAUGUAAUAGGUAGGGAAACCAAGGGGUAAAGUGGUCACAUAGCAGGGCGACAUAAAAACCAACAUCUUCUGAUCCCUAGCUCCACACUCUUGCUAGAGGUAUUUUCAGGGUUGUGGCCCCAAGACUCCAAUAGAAGACAAAGUGUCCUGUUCUAGGAAUAGCAAGAGAAGCUAGAAAGACAGCAGGCAGAGAGCAAGAAUGAAAUCCAAAAAGGAUGUAAGAAGGAGAGUAGAUAAGAGGUAAGCAGGAAGAGAGCUUCAGUUCACAGGAGUUCUUUUCCUGCAGUCUUUGCAGCAAUAGAGAGAUCAUAAAUGGACUUCAGGGUGUCUAUAAGCCCUCAAAACCCACAUAGGUGUUUGUGUGUGAACAUAUUCAACAUGAUGCAGGACUCUAUACUUUUCAUCAGAUUUUUUCGAUGGUCUUUUAACCAAAUGGAUUCAGUGACAGCCUAGAAAGAUGCCCUGAGAACAUGGAUUUGAUAUCAGUCUUAGACUAAGUCCCAAAUUUCACCAGCUUCUCUGUGGUUUGAUCCUUGCCUACCUCUCCAGUUUCAUCUGAAAAACAGCAGAAAGUAAUGAUAAUAUGGAAGACUUUUAUAGAGAAAGAUUGCCUAGAUUCAGAUCCAUACCCUACCACUUUGCAGUUGUGUGAACUUGAACAAAUUACUUGGUUACUUAACCUGCCUGUAGCUCAGUUCCUUUUCUCAUGUGGUUUUGGGGUUCUGUAAGCUCCACCACAUUUGCCUUCUCCUUUUACUUCAAACACUAUGUUCUUUCCUACUUUGAGGUCUUUACAUAAGCUGUUCCCUCUGCCUGGAAAGUAUUUUGCCCCCACUCUUUUCCUAGCUAUCUAUUGCUGGUCCUACAGAUUUCAGGUCGAAUUGAACUUCUUCAGGAAAGCUCUGACCCCCAUAACUUGGCUCAGUCCCUUUCUAUUAUGUUCUACUUGACCCAGUGGUAUGUGGAAGUAGGAUCCUACCAGCUCAUGAGAGGAUUGUUAAAUAUUCUGGAAUUUUGUGAGCUGGCAACUGUUGAUCUUUUGAAAUCAGCCAUGGUAGAAAUAUUUACACCAUGGAAAUGGGCAAAUGCUACAAAUGAGGAUUUUUUAAUUUUGAUGCUGGUUUGCCAGCAUAACAAAGAUCCCUGGGAGGCACCAAUGGUUUGUGUUUGAUUACUAACCUAAAUGUUGGUGGUUCAAACCUGCCUAGCAGCGCCACAGAAGAAAGGCCAUUAGUUGUUUUUAGGUGCUGUCGAGUCAGUUCUGACUCACAGCGACCCUGUGUACAACAGAACGAAACACUGCCCAGUCCUGCACCAUCCCCACAAUCAUUGAUACACUUGAGCCCAUUGUUGCCGCCACUGUGUCAAUCUAUCACAUUGAGGGUCUUCCUCUCUUUCACUGACCCUCUACUCUACCAAGCAUGAUGUCCUUCACCAGAGACUGGUCCCUCCUGACAACACGUCCAAAGUACACGAGCUGAAGUGUUGCUGUCCUUGCUUCUAAGGAGCCUUCUAACUGUACUUCCAAGACAGAUUUGUUUGUUCUUCUGGCAGUCCAUAGUAUAUUCAAUAUUCUUCGCCAGCACCAUAAUUCAAAGGAAUCAAUUCUUCUUUAGUCUUCCUUAUUCAUUUUCCAGCUUUCACAGCCAAGAAAAUGCUAUGGAGUAGUUCUACUCUGUAACACAUGAGGUUGCCAUAAGUCAGGAUCGACUUGACAGCAUUUUUUUAACCAGAACACCAAUGUAUGUAUCAUCCUGCACAUUUCCUUGGUCACAUUUGUUCCAAUUUUAACUGUGCAAUUAUUUUUGUGAUUGUUUAUUUGAGAUCUUCUUCCCUCACCAAUCUGUAGACUCCACGAGGGCAGGAACCAUGUCUGCCUGUUCACUGCUACACCUGCAGCACCUAAAACAACGUCUACUCUGGGCCCUUCAUGCUGUUAAGGAAAAUCAACAAAAAGGGCAACCUGACAAAUGGCAUCUGUGCUGCUUACUUGGGCAAGGAGAGAAUUGUUCAAGAGUUAAGGAAGUAGAGCCAGUGAAGAUACUCCUCUCCUGAAAUUCCUUCCGUGUGUCAUGUAAUAGCUGGUGGCAUAAUACACUGUAUAGUUCUUGACAUGGAGCUAUAAGAACCUCUCAGAAACCACAGGACAGGAGUGAUCAGGUGGGGUAAAAAGAUGGCACAUACUUGCCCGUCAUUCAUCUUUAGACCCUUUCCUCUGAGGUACCUCUGGGUGGACUUGAAUCGGCAGCAUUUUGGUUAGCAGUCAAGUGUGUUAAGCAUUAAAGUUUGGAGGUUUGAGUCCACCUAAGGUGUCUCAGAAGAAAAGCCUGGUGAUCUGCUUCCGAUAAAUCAGACAUCGAAAACCCUAUGGAGUAUAGUUUGACACACAUGGGGUCGCCAUGAGUUGGAAACCACAUGACAGCAACUGGUUGAUCAGCAGCAGAUGGGGCUAAAUGGCUGCAAAAUGUCCUGUGGAAUACCACGUACUAGGGUGGUGCUGUAUCUGCCACCCCUUGAUAAUUUUCUAGCUGGGUUGUUGUUGUUAGGUGCUAUCGACUCAUAGUGACCCUACGUACAACAGAACGAAACACUGCCCAGUUCUGUGCCUGUCUCACAAUCGUUGCUAUGCUUCAGUGCAUUUUCGCAGAUACUGUGUCAAUCCAUCUUGUUGAAGGGCUUCCUCUUUUUCGCUGACCCUCUUCUUUACCAAGCAUGAUGUCUUCCAGGGACUAGUCCUUGCCUCUGAGGAGUAUUCUGGCUGUACUUCUUCCAAGACAGAUUUGAUCAUUCUUUUGGCAGUACGUGUAUAUUUAGUAUUCUUUGCCAACACUGUAAUUUAAAGGCAUCAAUUCUUCUUCAGUCUUCCUUAUUCAUUUUUCAGGUGUCAUAUGAGUGGUUUUGAUUGCCUGAAGUCCAUGAGUUGGAAAAAUCAAAAGAACUCAAAAAAGAUAGCCCCAAUGGCUUAUCAGAGAUGGAGAGCCUGGUGCAGUCUCAACAAUUGUCAUGGACUGAAUUGUGUCUGCCAAAAUAUGUGUUGACUUGGUUGGGCCAUGAUUCCCAGUAUUGGAGGUUGCCCUUCAUUUUGUGAUUGUAAUUUUAUGUUAAAGAGGAUUAGGGUGGGAUUGUAACACCCUUACUAAAGUCAUAUCCCUGAUCCAAUUUAAAGGGGGUUUCCCUAGGGUGUGGCCUGCACCACCUUCUAUCUUAUAAGAGAUAAAAGGAAAGGAAAGCGAGCAGAGGGUGGGGGAACUUCAUACCACCCAGAAAGAAGCACUGCGACCAGAGAGCGUCCUUUGGACCUUUGGGUUCCUGCGUGGAGAAGCUCCUAGUCCAGUGGAAGAUAGAUGAGAAUGGCCUUCCUCCAGAGCCUACAGAGAAAGAAAGCCUUCCCCUGGAGCUAACGCCCUAAACUGGGACUUCUAGCUACUAAAAAAAUGGCCUUCCUCCAGAGCCUACAGAGAAAGAAAGCCUUCCCCUGGAGCUAACGCCCUAAACUGGGACUUCUAGCUACUAAAAAAAUGGCCUUCCUCCAGAGCCUACAGAGAAAGAAAGCCUUCCCCUGGAGCUAACGCCCUGAAUUGGGACUUCUAGCCUAUUAGGCUGUGAGAAAAUAAAUUUCUCUUUGUUAAAAGAUAUCCACUUGUGGUAUUUCUGUUAUAGCAGCACUAGAUAAUUAAAACAACAACUAAGCUGCAGCAGCCUGAGUGCCUGCUGCCUAGCGCUUAGUACCUUAAGCCCUGAGAGUGGCCUUCCUGGCCAGCAACUCAUAAGCACCUGCAAAGUCAGCAAUUUCUCUUCCUGUCCGGGACAGUUGACCUCUGCUGGGGCCAGUCUACCAAGAAUUGAUUCCCACGGAUCUGCUUAGCAUAGGAUGGCCCCUGCUACCACCCUGGAGAUUUCACAGGGCCAGGCCAACGUAGCAGGAAUGAAAUAUGAACUCAACAGUGACAAGGUCUACAGCUGUAGGAAUGCACAGCCCACCUCCCCUUCUUGAAGAUGCUAGUAACUGAGUUGUAGAUAAGAUAACAUUCAGUAAUCACAAAUACAAUGGAAUAUCCUGAAUCAAUUAGGGGAGAGGGUUUCUCAGUCUAGAAAUCCUGAAUCCUCUUCCUUCAUCAGGCUUGAUGGAUGGACAGGACUUGGCCCAGAAACUCGCCUCAAGAAGCUCAGACAUAUGCACUUCAGGGCAAUGCCUAGAAGGGGAGCUGCAGACAAUCGUGGGCCUCCACGCUGGAUGUCAGAUGAACUGAGUUUAUCUAGAUGCCAUCCUGGGAGACCAGGGAGUUAGAAAAGUGUCUGAUCUUCAGGCAUUAGGAAAACAAAACAAACAAACCAACAGCGAGGGCAUUGCAGAAGUCUAAUGGCUUCACAGUACAUCUCCUCAAACUGGUUGAGAUUACCUGGAAAGCCGCCUUUUACCCACUUCCCUCCAAGACACAAGGUGGCAGCAUCUUGGAGAGUGUUUAUCAGGCUUUUCCUAUGCAUACAGAUCACCUGGGGACCUUGUAAAAAAGUCCAUUCUGAUUUAGUAGAAGUGGGAUGGGGCCUGAGAACCUGAAUUUCUACCAUGAUUUCAGGGCACGCCAAUGCUGCUGAUCCAAGGCCCACACUUGUUUUGUUGUUUUGUUUUUAUUGUUGCAAAAAUAUAUAUAACAUGACAUUUUCCAAUUCAGGCGAACCUGGUGGCGUAGUGGUUAAGAGCUACGGCUGCUAAUCAAAAGGUCGGCAGUUUGAAUUUACCAGGCGCUCCUUGGAAACCCUAUGGGGGCAGUUCUGCUCUGUCCUUUAGGGUCACUGUGAGUCAGAAUAGACUCGACGGCCACAGGUUAGUUUAUUUAGCGAUAGUAAUCACAUGAAUCAUGCUGCUCAAAAAUCUCCCAUAAUCAUUGCCAAAUUUCCCAUCUUGAUAAACAGAAACUCCCUGCUGCUGAAACAAUGUGCUAGGACCAUAUAUUGAGUCGCAGGGCUCAAAGGACAAAGAGACCAUGACCACUGAGACUGGUGGCCACAGGACCCCAGGGUGGCACUCUCUGGGGCCUAUUGUGGACUCUACCCAGGAGCCUGAUUUUAUUCUCCACACCCCAAUUUCAAGCAAGGAGAGACAACAAUAAAACCUAUAAAAUGGAGAUAAUAAUAUGUGUCCUUUCUUAGACCCUCAGAAAUAUUUGUGAGAUAAAUAGCUUAAUGUCUGCUAAGAAUUUCCAAACCCUUCAGAAGAAAGUACUUUAGAUAUACGGAAUGCUAUUAGCUUGUUGGAAACCCUGGUGGCACAGUGGUUAAGUGCUACAGCUGCUAAUCAAAAGGUCGACAGUUCAAAUCCACCAGGCAUUCCUUGGAAAGUCUAUGGGGCAGUUCUACUCUGUCCUUUAGGGUUGCAAUGAGUCAGAAUCAACGCGAGGGCAAUGGUAUUAGCUCAUUACUUAAGAGUACUUUUUCACAAGGACAGAAAAGUGCUUCAUAAUGAGCCAAUGCCUACACAACUGUUUGGAGCUGGAGGUCGGAGGGUGUUGCGACUACAGGCUAGUGCAUCCUUCCUCACCCUCUCUAUUUUCUUAAGCUGUUCUUGUUCAAAUAUGAAGUUUACAGUCACACUGCAGUCCCUCUGUGGCCUCCGUCCUAAGCUAAGCUGUCCUUUUAUAAUGGGCAGGUGGAAAACCUGUGGCCUGGCUAAUCAGGACCCAUAAAUGUGUGAGCCUGAUGUGGUUUUCACUCCUAAAUUGUAUCUGACAGCCAGUGUGGGGCUAAAAGCCUGGGGCAUUUUUAGCUUUCCUUAAGCAACACCAAAAUCCUCCAGGUCGAAGCUAAAUCCCCCUUUUGCUGCUCUUGAAGAGCACAACGUCUCCUCAGCUCCAAAGGCGCCGGCACAGAUGGGGCUGCUCGGGGCUGAUUCUCCUAUAUUUAACAAGGCCCUAAUUACCCACAGGUCUUCAAGUAAGGACGGCUGAUGAGCAGUUCAAGUUCCCGGCAUAGAAAUAGCCCCAGAAUAGUUCCAGUGUUGUUACUAAUUGCAAUGGAUGAGCAGACUGUCUCAUUAAUCUCCCCCUAUCAGCGUGCAAACUGGUGGCCCCAGAAUAGCCCUGAUCUCAGCCCACAGCCGGCUUUGGGUCUGGUGGUUUUGUACAUAUUUGGAGAGGAAAGGCUCUCCUCCCCAGGGAGGGUGUAUGUAUGUUUGUAUGCAUGCGUGUGUGCGUACAUGCAUGCGUGUGUGUGUGUGCACGUCUGUGUGUAUGUGUGCGUGUGUUUGCGGGGGACAUCCUAUGGAUUCUGGAAGCUUAGGUAAACACAGGAACAGUGUGCGGGAGAGUAAAGAAUGCCACAUUGGGCCUGGGCAGAACUGGUUCAGAAAAUUAUAUAGCUGAAACAUCCUUUAAAUGCCCCAGCCUGUUCUUGCACCCUUUUAUUUCUCUGUGCCAAUGUUUUACUCUGUCCAUUUCUUCCUACUUGGCCUAUUCCAUCUCUGCUCCGUGUAGAAUCUGAUAUCAGUCAUGUCCACAUUAGUGUGAAUGUGCCUUUAAUAGGUUUUCACAUGUUUACAGCUCUACAAUUUACACAGGUUAUUUUCUUUUACACACCCAUGCUGUUGGACCCUCAUGGCAAUCUUGUGAGGUUAGCAAAGGCAGGCAUUAUCCCCAUUUUACAAAAGAGCAAAUUGAGCCUUAACAAAUAAUAGUUUGUGAGUACCCGAAGAUCACAUACAGUUAGCAAAGGACAUCUUGGACAAGAAACCAGAUAUUUUCUCUUUUACUUCUGGGAGACACGUGGUUCCUUGUUAGAGAAAUGCAAUAUCUUAGUCAUGUUCAGUAUGAUGUUAUGGAAAAAGAAAUUUCAUUGGAAUCAGACUGGGGUUUCAGUCUGUGUGACUUUGAGUAAGUUACUCAAAUACCUCUGAGCUUCAGCUGUGAAGAUUAAAUGAGACAAUGUAGAUGGAGAACCCAUAGCACAACGCAAAGAAGAAAGAAAAAAUUCCACAAUAACUAAGUUAUUUUCAACUUUGCCCUGCAGGGAAGGAGAUAAAUUUCCCACAGCACAGGGUUCAUAAAGUAAUACCCGGGCCAGUCUUUCUCCUCCCUCUUCUCUCUUCCCUUUUCUGCCAUCCCCCCUCCUCCCUUCUUUCCCCAGCCUCCUAUAUGCUAGACUUUUUGGGAGAUACAGGAACCCUGGUGAUGCAGUGGUUAAGAGCUUGGCUGCUAACCAAAAGAUUGGCAGUUUGGAUCCACCAGCUCUUUCUGGAAACCCUAUGGAGCUCUACUCUGUCCUAUAGGGGUGCUGUGAGUCUAAAUUGACUCGACAGUAACAGGUUUGGUUUGGCUUUUUGGUGGGUUAUAGCAUUGUGGGAGUCAAGUCGCCCUCAAGUUAAAAUUAUAGACCCAUUAAUCCCAGCCAACUAUCCUUUUUGUCUGUUUUGUUUUCUACGGUGUACAGGCAAGGAGAAAUUUGUCAACGGAAUAGAGGAGGCCAUUAUAAAUAAUAUUUGUUGAGCAGCUAUUAGGCUCCAGGCACUACUAUAUACAUUUUAAUUUUAUAUACAUAUACACACAUACAUGCACACAUAUAUGUAUGUGUCUAUGUAUAAAUAUACGGACUCCUGGUGAUACAGUGGACCCCUGGUGUCACAGUGGUUAAGAGAUUGGCUGCUAACCAAAAGGUUGGCAGUUCGAAUCCACCAGCUGCUCCUUGGAAACCAUAUGGGGGCAGUUCUACUCUGUUCUAUAGGGUAACUGUGAGUUGGAAUCCACUCCAGAGCAAUGGGUUUGGUUUUUGGUUUGACUGUACAGUGGUUAAUAGCUUGGCUGCUAACCAAAAGUUUUACUCUGUCCUAUUAGGGUCACUAUGAGUCAGAAUCAACUCAACGGCAACAACGGGUUGGAUUUCUUUCUUUUUUUUUUGGUAUAAAUAUACAUAUAUACAUAUAUGUAGAAAGAGAGAGAGAGAGAUUUCAUUUAAUUUUCACAAAGAAACCAUGAGGCAGCUUCAGCUUCAUCUUAUAGAGGAGAAGAAAAGUUCAGCAAAGAUAAAUAACUUGCUAAAAGAAGAUAGGUUAUUGUCUCAACUUACCAUCUAUUAUCAGGGAAGAAACCAAACAUAGAUGAAAACCCAAAAAUAACAGACUUGCCUGUGAACACGUAAAUCAGGGCAAAUGACUGCAGACAGACCUGCAGAGGCGCCAUGCAGUUAUUUUCUCUCCCACACGACGCAGUCCUCCACAUCCUUCAGACCCAACUUAGAUGUCACUAUCACUUUGAAGUCUUUCCCAGCACUCUUCUCCCCUGGCCCCCAUCCUUCCCCACCUCUUGCCCAGGCAGGACUGAGGUUCUCCACUCCCGUGUUCCCCUAGUACAUGUGUACACACAACAUGACCCGUACUGCAUCCCUGUGUUGUAACUGAACAGUUCCCAUGUCUCAUAUCCACCUAGUAUGACCUUCUUCAGAGGGGACACCUGGAAUGCCUGAUCAAUCCACUAAGAAAUGAAUGGAAAGAGCCUACUCCCCUUCCCACACGGGAGUGGGUGCUCCAUAGUAAUAGCUAGAAGUUUCUGAGUGUUCAGAAUACACUAACACUAUCACAAACUCUACAGAUACCAUCUCAUCCAGUACUCACCACCUCCCCAGAGGUAGACCUUAUUAUCCCCAUUUAUGGAUGAGAAACAGAGACUUUGAAAAGUCAGACACCUAACUUAGGGUCACACUGAGUGCAACAGCAGGGGCAGGUGAGGGCAGGUUUGGAAGCCCAGUCUGUCUGACCCAAAAACCCUUGCUCUUACCUCUAUGCUAAACUUUCUCUAAAUAAACAGAUGUUGGUUUCCUGUGUUGUUUGGAGAGUUGGAUGAACGAGUUAAAAAAAAAAAAAACAAAGGGAUGAAUAACUGUUAGUUAAAGGAAGUUAUCGGUUGCCCUUCGACUCUUCUAUUCUCCUGGCUUAACCUUCGAAUUCCACUAACUGUGGUUCCUGUGAAGCCCUGGUGGCCCAGUGGUUAAAUGAUAUGGCUGUUAACCAAAACCCUAUGGGGCAGUUGCGUGUCCUAUAGGGUUGCUAUGGAUCAGAAUCAACUCAACAGCAACAGGUUUGGCGUGUUGGUUUUGGUGGUUCCUGUUGAUCUCCAAAGGCAUUGCACAGCCUCCCUCAGGGAAAGCGAACCCUCUGGAACACUGAUGGAAAUGUGAGCACUGCCUGAAAGUGGACUUUCUCAAGAGAUUACCCCCCAUGACCAGACCUGCCUGUGGCCUUCUGUGAUGCCUAGUAUUUUAUAGUGUGAACCUUCCUUUGGAUGUGGGAUUGUUAGAGUAUAAAUUCCCAUGGAAAGAGCUGUAUAUCUCUUCAUUUCUGGCCAUUCAACUUCUGAGCAUUUUACCUCCAUCAAUGUUUAAGGAGCAAUUUCUGAGAAAAGACAACCACACAGCUCCUCUCCCAAGAGUUUAGUCCCGGGAUUCCUUAAGAGGAAGACGAGUGAAAUGCUUUGGCAACUACAGCCUAGGUUUCCAAAGCACCCGAGAGAGUGAGAAAUAAUAAAAAUGCUGAUGAAGGUUAAGAAAUCCUUGGGUAGAUUUCAAGCCCAAGGUAUCUUUGAUGAGAGGAGCUGUGAGUGGGGAGAAGUAGGGAACUAGCCAGCCAGAGGCAGCCAAAGACAGUGAGUAGUAGAUAAGGUGCUGUCAGGUGGGGGUCAAAGAGGGUGCAUGGAGCCGUGUGGCUCUGCAGGGGUUAUUGACAGAAAACACAUAGAGUACCUCAAUUUGAUUACCUCUAAGUUUAAAUCAAUCUGGGUAAGUUUAAAUCAAUCUGUUUAAUAAGGUGAUUAUGAGCUAUAACCUAAUGUAAGGUACACCAAAAUUCAAAGCCUGUUAGUUUGUAUGACUUCUAUCAAGUUUUUAACCUUGCUGACUCACUUCAGCACUAAACUAGUGAUAAUAAUACCUACCUCAGGGAGUUCUACAAGGACUAAAAUGAUGUCUAUGAUACAGUUUUUAGAGUGCAAGACAUACAAUAGAUGUUGGUCCCCUCCUGAUUUUUGAUAUUCUGUCCCCAUGAAAACCCUUAUAUUUGUGGGUCUAGAUUUUGGACUUGGGAAGUCAGGUCUAGCAAUGCUGAGAUGUACUUUUCCAAAAUCCCCUUUAAGAGAUCUUAUGCUGACCAAUAACAGGACAUCCCUGUGUCUCCUGACACAAUGCACAAAGAAGGACACAACAUCUUUCAUGCUCUACCAACUAAAAAUGCAUAUUCUAAGUGCAUAUCCCAAACCAAAUCAUUUCUAUUCCCAUUACGAAGACUGGGAAUUCCAGAACACUUCAUUGUGCUCAUGAGGAGCCUGUACAUAGAUCAAGAACCAGUAGUUUGAACAGAAUAAGGGGAUACUGCGUGGUUUAAAGUCAGAAAGGUGUGUGUCAGAGUCAUAUCCUUUCACCAUAUUUAUUCAUUCUGUAUGAUGAGCAAAUAAUCUGAGAAGAUGGACUUUAUGAAGAAGAACAGGGCAUCAGGAUUGGAGGAAGACUCAUUAACAGCUUGCACUAUGCAGAUGACACAACCUUGCUUGGCGAAAGUGAAGAGUCCUUGAAGCACUUACUGAAGAAUAUCAAGGACCACAGCCUGCAACAUGGAUUAUACCUCAACAUAAAGAAAACAAAAAUCCUCACAAUUCAACCAGUAAGCAACAUCAUGAUAAAUGAAGAAAAGAUUGAAGUUCUCAAGGAUUUCGUUUUACUUAGAUUCACAAUCAACACCCAUGGAAGCAGCAAUCAAGAAAUCAAAAGACACAUUGCAUUAGGCAAAUUUGCUACAAAAGAUCUCUUUAAAGUGUUAAAAAGCAAAGAUGUCACCUUGAAGACUAAGGGGCACUUGACCCAAACCAUGGACAAUGAAUAAGGAAAACCGAAGAAUAAUUGUGGUUUUGGUGAAGAAUAUUGACUAUACCAUGGACUGCCAAAAGAACGAACAAAUCUGUUUUGGAAGAAGUACAACCAAAAUGCUCUUUAGAAGCAAAGAUGGCGAGAUUAUUUCUCACACACUUAGGACAUGUCAUCAGGAGCAACCGGUCCCUAGAGAAGGACAUCAUGCUUGGUAAAGUAGAGGGUCAGCAAAGAAGAGGAAGACCCUCAAUGAGAUGGAUUGACACAGUGACUGCAAUAAUGGGCUCAAGCAUGACAAUGUGAGGAUGGUACAGGACCAGGCAGUGCUUCAUUCUGUUGUACAUGGGGUCACUGUGAAUUGAAGCCAACUUGACAGCACUUAACAACAACAAAAACAACAAAUCAAAUCAUGGAGAAACAUUAAACAAACCCAGACUGAGAGCUGUCCUACAAAAUAAUCAUGUAUGACAAAUAUGUCAAAUCAUGAAAGACAGAGUGGGAAACUCUAUCAGAUUGAAGCAGACUAAAGAAAUAUGACAACCAAAUGCAAAGUACAAUCCUGGAUUGGGUCAUGGACUAGGAAAAAUGAGCAACAAAGGACAGUUUUGGGGACAACUGGCAAAAUUUUAAUAUGGACUGUGAAUAAGUUAAUAGUAUUGUAACUGUGCAGCCCUGGUGGCACAGUAGUUAAAACCCCGGCUGCUAACCCAAAGGUCGGCAGUUCAAAUCUACCAACUGCUCCUUGAAAACCUUAUGGGGCAGUGCUAUUCUGUCCUAUAGGGUCACUAUGAGUCAGAAUCGACUUGACAGCAAUGGGUUUGUUUUUUUUGUUCUUAUUGUAGCCAUUUUAAAUUUUGACAAUUAUACUGUGAUUAUUUUUGAAUGUCCUUGUUUCAGGAAAUAUACAUGGAAGCAUUUAGGAAUAAAGAAGCAUGAUGUUUGCAAAUUACUUUCGGGUUCAGAAACUAAUACAUACAUAUAGGGUCACUACGAGUUGAAAUUGACUUGAUGGAAAUUUUUUUAAUUUACAUUAUAUGUAACGUAUGCAGACACAAUUUUAAUACCUGGUGAAUCUGAAUAAAAGAUAUAUGAAGAUUUUUGUAACUUUUUUGUAAAAUUGAAAUUGUUAUAGAAAAUUAAGAGAAAAGGGUCAUCAUGCAAGGUAAAACUAUGUAUUUAUUCUGACAGCUGGCCCUGGGGAGGAUAGUGCACUGCCAUGAAGGUUUCCUUAGCUCCCUCCCUUUUGGCACACCCCAAUUGACAGCCCUCACCUGGGCCUUCUCCUUCGCACCGGAAACUUGUAAGCUCUGGGCCUGCAUCUUCAUGCUAAGCCUGGGCUGAAAAGCCCUGUCUCUACAUCCCACUCCCUAGACUGUUAGCUAGAACGUACAAUCUGCUGAAUGGGAUGUUCAGGAAAAGAGACCACUCAGAAAAAUAAUAUGACUUCAUCACACUGCACCUUACUGAUUGGAUCUAAGAUGGGAAGCACUCAUGGGAAAGGCUGGAGGCCACGUUUGCAAGCACAGCUGGGUGCACAGAUACAUAUACCAAACUCCACGGCAGGGUUUGACAAGUUUCCAAAAGGGUGGUCACUGUUGGACAACCUGUCCCAUUUUAAUGAUCUGACACCUCAUUUUUUGUUCUCUCCAGCUUCUCUUUUCCUCACCCCGCAGCUCCUUUCCUGCUCCAUCCAUCUCACCAGAGCCAUUAUGUACCAGCGCUGAGUUCCUGCCUUUGCCCAAGCUGCUCAGGUUUCAACUUAGAUGUCUCUUCCUCCAGGAAGCCUUCCCUGGUAUGAUGGUUAAGGUCUUGCGUCAACUUGGCUGGGCCGUGAUUCUCAGUGGUUUGAUAGUCAUAUGAUGUGAUCACUUCCAUAGUAAUGAAAUUUGAUACUAUGUGAUCGCCUCCAUGAUGGGAUCUGCUUUGAGUAGCCAAUCGGUUGAAAGGGAGUUUCCUUGCACGUGUGGACUGCAUGGAAUAUAAGUGGAUACUCUGGCAAGGCUUGUGGGCUUUUGGUCAUUUUGGAUCCAGCAGCUGCCUCCUGUUUAUCUGACCUCCAGUUCUUGGGACUUGGACCAGCAGCUUACCUGCAGUCUUGCCUGCUGAUCUUGGAAUUUAUCAAUCUUCACAGACUGUGAGCAAGAGCCCUGUUACCUGAUCUGCCAAUCUUGUUUUCACCAGCACCUGUGGCUAUGUGAUUCAGGAGAAGCCUUUAUCCUGGCCUACAAACUUGGGACUUUCCAGCCACUACAACCCUGUGAACCAUUUCUUUGAUAUAAAUCUCUCUCUAUAUAUAUUUAUAUGCUUUACUGGUUUUGCUUCUCUAGAGAACCCAGCCUAAGACACCUGGUAUUCCAAAAUCUGUAUUACACGCUCCUCUCACAUACCCAGGCUAGACCCUGAACAUAAUGCCUUAUGGAAGUAUUUAGAGAUAAAGUAACCCUGCUUUGUAAUAGCCUCUUUACUUGUCUGAAUUCUCUAGCCCACUAUCUGUCAGUUUGUUGUACUGUGGUGACAUGCCUGUUGCUAUGAUGCUGGAAGCUCUGUUGCUGGUAUUUCAAACGCUGACAUGGUUACCCAUGGUGGACAAGUUUCAGCAGCAUUUCCAAACUAAGAUAGACCAGAAAGAAUGGGCUGGAGAUCUACCUCUAAAAGUUAGUCAAUGAAAACCCUAUGGAUCACAAUAGAAUAUUGCCUGGUAUAAUGUUGUACGUCCUUAGGAAAGACAAAUGGCUAGAAAAGGACAUCAUGUUUGGUAAAGUGGUGGGCCAGGGAAAAAAAGAGGAAAACCCUCAGUGGGAUGGAUUAACACAAGAGCUACAACAAUGGACUGAAAUACACCAGCAAUCAUGAAAAUGGUGCAGGACUGGACGGUGUUUUGUUGUUGUAUACAAGGUCACCAUGAGUUGGAGCUGACUUGACAACAAUUAACAAUAACAUCCUGCAGCAGACUGUAAGAUCUCUGAGGCUUGUUCAUGGUUGUAGUCCUAGUGUCUGGUACAUUUUCUUACAUAUAGUAGAUUGUCCGUAAGUAUUUGUGAAAUAAACUCAGUAACUAAGGUACUAUAACCCUGAAGAUAAAGGUUUCUUUUUGCUCUUCUUUGUUUGUUUAUUAAUUCUUCUCAGAGUAACCCAUCACUGGUACUGAGAUUUUAUAAUAUAUUUUAGAAGAUUUGGGAGCAAUUUAUCAAAAAGAUAUAUUAACAGAAUACUAGAAAGUCAACUCUGAGAGGGGGCUGAUUCUAGUCCACUUUUCUUCAAACGCUGGCCUGUGACUGGAGCCAGAAUCACCUGGGAAGAUGUUUAAUAACGUACAUUAUAGGGCCUCACCUUAGUUAUAAUGUAUGUGGCCCAGGACUUUGAAUUUAAAAGGUUCUGUGGGUAAUUCUGCUGCACAGCCAGGGUUAAAAAAUCGCUAGAGAAACCCUCCGUUUUACUCAUGAGAAACCUGAGGUGAAAUGACAUGCUCGAGACCACACAGCCGGAAGUGCUAGAGUUAGGGGUGGCAUCCAGGAUUCUGACCCCUGUAAGGGCCUUUCCAUCACCUCACUUCCUCUGUUGGGAAUUCCUCCCCAGAAUGCACCAGGUGCAUUGUUUUCCUCUUCUCGUCUGACCACACAGAUUCAUUGUUGAGUAUAGGUGAUUUUUUCCCUUUCUGAUAUAAUUGAAGUUCAUUGGUGAGUGAGACGGUAUCUCAUGAUGAUUUAGAAUAAACUGCACUCUAUAAAGGGAGUCCAGUAUUAACAUAAUGUUGGCUUUUGUGCUCUUGAAAGUCUAUAAUAAAUCGGUUGUAAAUUCUAGAAAAUCAUCAUGAAUGAACUGGGAGAUGUAUUUACAUUUUUAAUAACCACUGGCUAUUUGAAAAAAGCCAUAUUGCUGAGAAAGGCCCCAAUCAAUCAACAGUUUUAUUAUUACUACAUUGGUUUGAAGCUCUCUAGCCCAUCAGAGAAUGUCCAGGCAGGACAGGGAUUUAAAAUGUCAUUUAAUCUAAGCCUCUCCAAUGUUAAAUUACAGAUGAGGAAAUGAAAGCCCAGAAAAAGGAAGUGACUUGCUCAAGGUUAUACAGUCAAGACUGCCAGGACAGCAUUCUUUCCAUUGCAGGAUAAAAAUAACAAACACAGUGACCCUAUAGGACAGUGUAGAAAUGCCCCAUGGGGUUUCCAAGGAGCACCUGGUUAGCAGCUGAACUCUUAAUCACUAUGCCACCAGGAUUUCCUUUAUUAUGGCUUUUACACAAGUCACUGAAGGGAUUUUAAACCCUUAGGUUAUUACCGUGGCAAAACCCUUAUGAAGACGUUCAGGAAAGAGCAGUGGGCCGCGAGUUUUAUAUUCUGGGUCCCCAUUGACUGCACUGCUAAUGGUACCCUCCUGUCUAUGUCUUUGGGAGGUCUCCAUCAAGAGCUGUAGUAGUAUAUUUUUACACAAAUAACAUGCGUGUUAUCCAUUGUUUUUUGCCAACUGCACCCUCCCCCUUAAGGUAUUUUCUUAAGUGCGCUAUGCUAAUUUUUUUCUGUAAAAAGAAUUGUUGCUGUAAAAAAAUUAGCACAGCGUGCUUACAAAAAUACUUUGUGGUUGGGAGGGCAUGGUUGGCAAAAAAAUAUACAACAUGUGUGUUGUUUGGGUAAACUAUGGUAAUCUAUACUGCAGUCCUAGCACACUUACUUUCCUGCAAUCAUUUAUUACUGCUACUGUUCAACUGGAUUUUUUCAGGGUCUUACUAUGAGCGACGUACUGCUCUAAAAUAGUCUUGGGGAAAAACAGAAGUGGUAACCAUUUUCUUACUGAGUGAAUGCUCUGGUUUAUUCAGCUAGGCAGCUGUGAGUUCUAGCAAUGAAAUUUGGAUGUAUUCCCAGGGCUACGCUUUCAAAUGCCUUCUGAGUCCUGACCAUGGUCCUUGGAGGCUCCACAGUAGUUAAAAGUCAGAAGAUACUAUUUGAUAAUGAAGUCCAUUGGAUGCUUUAUUAUAAACCUCUUUGGAAUUGAGUCUAAGAGAGAAUAUUCCUCUACCACUCAUACCACUACACAUGUUCUAUAAUGCAUAUCACUUGAACUUGGGUUCAGAUUUUUUAUCUAAAUUAUUUACUAAUUAAUUUUGUCAGGAGAAAACAUAGAAGUUAGGAUAUUUAUGAUGAGUUAUUGGCAGAUGGCACAACCUUGCUUGCUGAGAGUGAAGAGGAUUUGAAACACUGAUGAAGAUCAGAGACCACAGCCUUCAGUUUGGAACACACCUCAAAUAAAGAAAACAAGAAUCCUCACCACUGGACCGAUAAGCAACAUAACAAUAAACAAAGAAAAGAUUGAAGUUGCCAAGGAUUUCAUUUUACUUGGAUCCACAAUCAAUGCCCAUGGAAGCCGCCGUCAAGAAAUCAAACAACGCAAUGCAUUAGGCAGAUCUGCUUCAAAAGAUCUCUUUAAAGUGUUCAAAAGCCAAGAUGUCAUUUUGAGGGCGAAGGUGGGCCUGAUCCAAGCAUUGGUAUUUUCAAUCACCUCAUAUGCCUGUGAAAUGUGGACAAUGAAUAAGGAAGAGUGAAGAAUUGAUGCCUUCAGAAUUAAGUGUUGGCAAAGAAUAUUGAAUAUACCAUGGGCUGCCAGAAGAACAAACAAGUCUAUCUUGGAAGAAAUACAGCCAGAGUGUUCCUUGGAAGCAAGGAUGGUAAGACUUUGUCACAUAUACUUUGGCAUUGUUAUCGGGAAGGACCAGUCUCUGGAGAAGGACAUCAUACUUGGUAAGGUACAGGAUCAGCGAAAAAGAGGAAGACCCUCGAUCAGAUGGACUGACACAGUGGCUGCAACAAUGCGCUCAGACAUAACAAUGAUUGUGAGCAUGGUGCAGGACUGGGCAGUGUUUUGUUCCGUUGCACAUAGGGUCUCUAUGAGUCAACUCCACGGCACCUAACAGCAAAUUGGCAGAGGCACCAGCAUUUUCUUCUUCUCAAAUAUGAUUUCACUUAGAAGCUUAAAGAAUGUUUUGACUCCCUUAAAGGAGAGUGGAACAAGUAAGUUCUGGAAGCCACCUCCCUAAGCCCAUCCUCAACUCUAAGCACAUAAAAAUACAGGGAAAUUGAUUUGCAUCAUGCUUUGGUCUAAGGUAAAAUUCAUAUAUUACCAAUGCAAAGGUCUCAGAAGAAGCUUUAGGGACAUUGCUCAACUCUGGGAAAGUGCGGAGACUCUUCAGAAAACAGGCAGAAUAAAUAUUUAGUUUUUUAACAUAAAAAUUUCUCAACCUAAAAAUAACUUCAAAUAAAUAUGUUAAAGAUGUUCAAGUCACAAGGGAAAGUAAAUAAUUUGGAAGGUAAUAGAAAAUUAUGAAAGACAGCAAAUAUAUUUGAAAAGAAAAAAAUAGAAAUUCUCAGAGAUGACAAAUACAGUCAUUAAAAUAUAAACACAAUGGGCAGGUUAAACAGUAGAUAAGAUUCAACAGAAGAGUGAUUAUUAAAUUAGAAGAUAAUUCUGAGGAAAACACUUAGAAUGUACUACACAAGGAUAAAUAAAUUAAAAAUUUGGAGGAAAAGUUAAAAGGACAGAAUUUCCAAAAGGGGAGAAUAGAGAGAAUGAGGAUAGAUAAUAUUUAAAAAGGUGGUAGUAGAGAGUUCAGAAAUUGAAAGGGCCAUUGAAUGCAGAUUAAAAAAGAACAAGGAGUACUAAGAAAGAUGAAUAAAAACAAAUUGAUAUUUAAUGCAUCCUAGAGAAACUACAAAAUAUCAAGGAAAAUCAGAAAAUUUUAAAAGUUACCAGAGAAAGCUUUGCAUUUAGUAAUGGAAGUCUAGUAAUUUGGACUAAUUUUCCCACUGAAAAUAAUUUGGCAAUCUGAGAAAAAUAUAAAUAACACAAUAACAUGAGAAAACUGUCAAGACCAUUCUGAAUUAGGGAGACAAAAUCCGGGAAAAAAAAGAAACCUAGAGAGAUAAGCCUGGCAUUUGGGGAUGUUUACCUGAAUUUGUCCUCCACAGGGUACAUACCAGUUUGUUCUGGUUCAAACUCCUGCCAAGAAUUUUCAUUUCCAACAAGUUCCCUACUGAGAAUUUGCAUUUCCAUCACAGAUAUUCUAAAUCAGGAUAUAAAUUUUGACAAGAUGCCCUGGUGAUUCUUCUGUAUAACUUCCUGGGGAAUUAUUAGAAAUGAAAAUUCUCAGCAGGGGUUGGAACCCAAUGAUCUGGACCAGGAAGAAACUGCUCUUCAAUUCUGGAAUAGGCAGCUGAGAGGCUGAAAAGUUGAGCAAAGCUUCUGGUAGGCUCAGGAGUCUAGGUGAAACAUUGGAUUCAGAAUCUCUAGGAGGUAAAAGAAAAAACAACAACGUCAAAAAAACCUGUUGCCACUGAACUGCCCUAUAGGGUUUCCAAGGAGCACCUGGUGGAUUCAAACUGUUGACCUUUUUGUUAGCAGCCGUAGCUCUUAGGAAGUAAAAAAAAGUAAGGAUACCGGUAAAUCUCCAGGUUGUUGGAUUGGUACCCCAAAAAACAGCUUAUGACUGAAGAUAUAUAAUGAUAUUCCAAUGCUUAUAAACAGUGUAGCUCUGCUCUGCACCAUCUGAAUCACUCAUUGGAGUCAGAUGAGCCUGAGAUUGAGAGUGCUCUUAGCACUAGCCUAGCUGAUAGAUAUAGUAUGUGUAUGUCAUAAUGUGUAUGUGUAUACCCACGUAUGAGGAGACAAGAAAACAACAUAACCGAAAAACAAGAGAAAUGAUAGAAAAUGGAAAUAAAUCCACAGGGGAUCUAUAUAGUGAGCUUUCAAAUAUGCGCUUCAUAUACUCAACAAAUUAAUGGCAACAUAGAUUGAGAAUUUCAGCAGAAAACUCAAAACUUUAAAAAAGAACCAAAUGGAUCUGCAUCCCACUUUGAAAUGUGGCAUCUGGGGUCUUAAAUGCUAACAAGCGCCCAUCUAAGAUGCAUCAAUUGGUCUGAACCCACCUGGAUCAAAGGAGAAUGAAGAACACCGAGGUCACACGAUAACUAUGAGCCCAAGAGACAGAAAGGGCCACAUGAACCAGAGACUUACAUCAUCCUGAGACCAGAAGAACUAGAUGGUGGCCCGGCCACAACCAAUGACUGCCCUGACAGGGAACACAACAGAGAACCCCUGAGGGAGCAGGAGAUCAGUGGGAUGCAGACCCCAAAUUCUCAUAAAAAGACCAGACUUAAUGGUCUGACUGAGACUAGAGGAAUCCCGGCAGUCAUGGUCCCCAAACCUUCUGUUGGCCCAGGACAGGAACCAUUCCUGAAGACAACUCAUCAGACAUGGAAGGAACUGGACAAUGGGUAGGAGAGAGAUGCUGAUGAAGAGUGAGCUACUUGCAUCAGGUGGACACUUGAGACUGUGCUGGCAUCUCCUGUCUGGAGGGGAAAUAGGAGGGUAGAGGGGGUUAGAAACUGGCAAAAUUGUCGCGAAAGGAGAGACUGGAAGGGCUGACUUAUUAGGGGGAGAGUAAGUGGGAGUAUGAAGUAAGGUGUAUAUAAGUUUAUAUGUGACAGACUGACUUGAUUUGUAAAUGUUCACUUAAAGCUCAAUAAAAAUUAUAAAAAAAAAAAAAAGAGAGAACAUAGUGAAGUUUCCGAUGUAGACUCUGUGGUAUUUAAAAAAAAAAAAAAAGAACCAAAUGGAAAUUUUAACACUAAUAAAAUAUAAAAACCAAAUAAUAUCCAUUGCCAUCGAGUCAAUUCUGACUCAUAGCAACCGUAUAGGAUGGGGUAGAACUGCCCCAUGGAGUUUCCAAUGAGCGCCUGGCAGAUUUGAACUGCCAAUCUUUUGGUUAGCAGCCAUAGACUUAACCACUACACCACCAAGGUUUCCUAUAAAAUAUAGUAACUGAAAGUAAGAACUCAUUGUAUGGGCUUAAAAGAAAAAAAAAAAAGAUUGGACAUAGCUGAGGAAGAGAGAUUAGAAGAAAAUCUCUAAAAUAAAAGGUGAAUAACUAAAAAGAUGGAAAAUGCAUAAGGAUAGGGUGAAAUGCAUAUGAAGAAACACAUGUGAUUCAGUUACAUACAUAUGAGAAAAUACAUAUGUGAUAGAAUGAAAGGUCUAGUAUGUGUGUAAUUGGAAUGUUAGAAGGUGAGGAAUAGACUAAGACAUAAGCAAUAUUUGCCUAGAUAAUGACUGAUAUUUUUUCUAAAACUGAUAUAUCAAAUUAAAGCUUGAAGAAGCAGCAUGAACACAGAAGAGAAUACAUAAAAGGAAAGUCACACCUAAGUACAUCAUAGUUAAGCUGAUAAAUAUCAAAGAAAAACUGAAAAUAUUAACAGUAUUUGGAGAGAAAAAUACAAUUGGCUUCAAUGGAGCAGCUUCUUAGGCAGGGUCCUCUACGGAGCAAAACUAGGGAAGUGUAUAUAUAAAUAUAGAGAGAGAGACUUAUUUCAAGGAAAUGGCUCACGGAGUUGUGAAGGCAGGCAAGUCCCAGAUCCGUGGGUCAGGCUUCAGGCUUGGAGGCUGAACCUGACUCACAUGGUUUCAGGGGUUGAUGAACCCACAAUCAGCAAAUCAAAUGGCAGGGUGCUGACUGAUGUCACAAAAACUGGAGGUCAGAGGAUGACAAGUUGGAUGUAGGAUUGAGAGUGAGUAAGCUUUGCCAAAACAUCCGUAUACAUUGGAUGCAGGCCACACCUCAAAGAAAACUCUCCUUUCAACUGAUUGGUUGCUCCCAUCAGGUCACAAAAUAGAGGAUGAUUAUGUAAUAUCUUCCAAACCACUGAGAAUCAUGGCUUAGCCAAGUUGACUUAUAACCAUUACAGUCCACCAUUUGUCAACAGGGCACCUGUACACAUCCCCUAAAACCAUACAUAAUCUCUAAAUAAAGACAAUUAUACACUCAUGCUUGUGCCUGAUAUGAUACAACUAACAUGCAUACAACCAAAAGUACACUGGCCCCAUUUACAGCUUAUAUUUUAUAGUAAGCAAUGGAAUAAGGGCGGGGAUAAAACAAAGACAUUUGCUAUAUAUAUGUAUAUACACAUAUAUACACACACACACAUGCAUACAUCCCCCGCGCGUCUGUCUGUUUGUUGUACCGCGGGGUCUUGUGUGUUGCUGUGAUGCUGUAACUGGUCACAUGGUCAUAACUGACAUUUAUGUACAUACACAAUUAUAUAAUUGUUGUCAUGUUGUAUGUAUAUUUUUGGAAUUGCUAUUGUAGCUUAAUAAUAUAUCAAAGCAGUUUUCUAAGUUAGUUUUCUUACUCCUAAGUUAUUACUCAGCAAUCUUAUUGAUCAUUUUAACUAAUUGCAUAAUACACCACCCUGAGGGCAUGUGCUCUGUGUACUAAAAUAUGGUAUAUUGUUAGAUAUUAAGGACGUUUAGGUAUUUUUUCACAACUACUAAUAGUUCCAGAAGUAUCUUUCAAACUGAAAGCACAAUAUGCCUAUGAAUUACCUCCAAGGCUGCUGUUUCCCCCACACCCUUCUCUCUCCUCCCUACUAGUCCAGGUCUGCUACAGCCUUCAAGUCACUCUGACUUCAUUACAGCCUGGUCAUUCCUGACGAUUAUAUGGAUUUUGUUGUCGUUGCAGAUCAGACCAUUGUGAUCCACAGGGUUUUCACUGGCUGAUUUUUGGAAAUGAAUCACCAGGCCUUUCUUUCUAGUCUGUCUUAGUGUGGAAAUCCAAAAACCAAACCCAUUGCCAUCGAGUUGGUUCUGACUCAAAGCAACCCUAUAGGACACAGUAGAAUUGCCCCAUAGGGUUUCCAAGGAGCAGCUGGUGGAUUUGAACUCCUGACCUUUUGGUUAACAGCUGAGCUCUUAACCACUGCACCACUCUGAAAUCUGUCAGCAUCAUAGCAACAUGCAAGCCUCUGCUUCCACAGAACGGUGGUGGAUGUGCGUGAGGUACAUUGGCUGCGAACCAAACUUCGGUCUCCUGUGUAGAAGGUGAGAAUUCUACAACUGAACCAUCAACGUCUUAUAUUAACUUAGUUUCCCUUAGAGUGACUUUCUCCACCCCCCUCCGCUCUCAUCUAUAAAGCUAUUGUCAUGUUAUCAGGCAUUUCUCUCCACGUGUGGCUUCGCCACUUGCCAUUUUAUUGUGUCAAACCCACCAGAGCACAUGCUAUAUUGUUGAGCAGCUUUCUUGUUUCCUGAAUGACUAACACCAAUUUUAUUUCAAAUUAUGUUGCCAGUUAUUAAUAUGCUUCUACCCUAGUAAGCUGCCCUUAUUUAUUAUGCCCUAGUGAGAUUCCUUUGCUGCCUCACCAGUAUCCACUGUUUAGCUACGUAUAUCAGUGAGGCAACAUAUUGUGAGUGCUUACAAACAUAAUGUCUUUAUGAAUGGGACACAGUGUGGGUAUUUCAAGGCUCUUUAUCCAAGAGCAUGUAAUUCACACACAUUUCUUGCUUCUGACACUCUGAGAUGGUACAUUAAUUCUUGAAAUAAGAAUUUCCAUUGAGUGUUUUCUCUUUUUAUUUGAGGCUUUACGUCUAGCUAAAAAGGCAUUUUUAAAAAAGGCCACCAGACAGCUGAAAACAUAACUCCGAACCUUGUGAAACUGGUUGGAUUAUAAAGAGAAGCCAUCAGUUCCAAUGAGCAGAAGCCUAGAAAGAGAGGAAGAACUGUUCCUUCAAAUUGAAGAAUAAUUCUAUUGACAGCAUUGCUGUAGGGGCUGUGUUUUGAGUUUUCUUUUCACCAUAAAUGCUCAAGUUUAGCAUAGGAAAGGAAAAGGGGAGCAGGGACUGAAAAGAAAUCUAGCCCUAUGCUUCCUCUUUGGAUGUCAUGAAUGAAUCUUUACCUCGUGAGCAGACUUGCUGCCCCGUGCUUUCUUAUUCAAGCGACAUGGGCAAAACAACCAAAGGCCGAGCUGCCUUGAGACGAGCUUACCCUGAGAUGUGCGUAAACCUGUCAUUUGUCGUUAGUUGCCUUCAAGUCCAUUCCAACUCAGGAUGACCCCAUGAGUUACAGCACAAGUUAAUGGAAACCAUUUUUAAACAUUUAUGUAAAAAUUAUUGUAAUAGAUAGUAAUUAGACUGAAUGAUGAGCACAAUAAUAUUAUUUUUACUCAGUCCACCAAUUUUACCUUUUUUUAAAAUUUCAUGUGUUAGUUCUCCAAUAUCCCUAACCACUAUUAAUAUUGACAACUUUGCCUAAAUUCAUGGACAUUUUAAUGAAUAUCAUAUUCACAUUAUUUUUCUGAAUGCCUCCCAUUUCAGGUGACAAGUGGCAUUUAUGUAAAUAAUUGUGGCUGGUAUUUAAUAUCCCAGUAAAUUCUUUAAAAAUGAGAUUAAAGUUGAGAUUAAAUGAGAAGUUGGUGACAAGAUGACCUAGUCUUCCAUGCAGCUGAAGAUCAACUGAUCUUUGGAGUCAAAAAUGUCCUCUUUGAAUCCCAGCUAUGCUAUUAACUAGCUGGGGUGAAUGAGCUUACCUCUCUGACCCCCAGUUUCUUUAUCUAUAAACUAGAGCUGAUAAAGACUUAAUUCAUAGCGUUGCUGUAAGUAAUAAAUGAGAUAGUUUGGAAAAAGUACUGAUCAUGUUUAUUCAACUUAAAAGCAUAGGUUUGGCACUUACUAUGUUCAAGUCACUUUGUGAUACACUAGAGAUAUAAAGAUAUUUGAGAUGUGGUACCUACCCUUAAGCUGCUCAUUGCAUAUUGGAAAAGCUUUAGGCUAUAACUUUCUUAAAACAAUGAUAAGAAGCUGUUCCUUCUGUUUGACAAAUGGCGAUGACCUAAAUCACCAGUAUCACACAUUUAAAACAACAACAACAGCAAAACAGUUGCCAUCAAGUUGACUCCAACUCAUGGAGACCCCCUCCAUAUAUUUCAGAGUCGAACUGUGCUCUAUAGGGUUUUCAGUGACUGAUAUCUCAGAAGUAGAGCACCAGGCCUUUUUCCAAGGCACAUCUGGGUGGAUCUGAACCAACAACUUUUCAGUUAGUAGCCGAGCACUUAACUGGUUGCUCCAUCCAGAGACUCCAGUAUCGCGUGUAGUACACUGCAAAUGGGAAGACUCCACAGUGACUAUUUCAUAGAGGUGCUACUUGAAUAAGGCUCCUUAUGUUUUAUUUGCUUUUCUAUCUUAACUGUUACUGACAUUAAACACGGUUGGUUGGGAAUUUUGGAUACAAUUAUGAAUCAACCUGUGACUGCCACCAUCUUUUUCCUGUGGGACUGUAUCUGCUUUCUAUGCUUGAAUUGAAAGGAAGUGAAUAUUUUUUCUAUUGUUUAAAUUGGAGGAAUUAGAAAUGGGAUGACUUUUCUAUAAUUCAGUCUUCCCAAUCAAACAAAAUAAUAGGCAAUAGAAUUGUCUAAAAUUCUUUCAACAAAAAUGAGACCUUCUCCAUGACUUCAUCUCUGGUCCCUUCUGUCCUUGUGGAUCUGGUUAAACUUUAGAAACUGUUCAUGUGGUAGCAUCAAGAAUCCUGAUCAGUCCAAAAGGGAUAGCUACAGUUUUUAAACAGUUUUGUAGGGUCAUUGGUGAUUUGAAAUAAAGGCAGUUUAGAAAAAUCAGAGAGAUUGACAAACAGGAGUGGUUAAAAAGGGAAAAGCAACAACAGAGCAGAGUUUUGGAUCCAAAAUUCCAAAGAUCGAAGGGCUCCAUUGCGUGACAGUUCCCACUUCCCAUUCCCCAACGCUUUUGUUUUUGGGUUCUCUUUUUUUGAAUAAAAGAAUACCCACAUAGCACUCUCUAAACUAGCAUACGAUCUUUUCAAAUCAUUAUCAGCCAAUGUAGUUGUCUAUGUAUUAAUGCGGAUGAUUUUCAGGGGGAAGGCAUUUUAGGAACAGAUAAUUCUGUAUUUUCUUCCAGUCUAUGCCCUGUCUUUCUGGAACGAGGCGACCUGAGUGUAAGUCUCAGGUGACUAUGGUUAGAUCACUGUCUCCCACGUGUUAGUAUAAUUCUUGGCAUAUGGAAAGUGCCAGUAAGUGUGAGCAGCCGGGGACAGAGCUUUUGUUCUCCUGGUAUACUCUCUUUCCUUAUGGUUAGCCUUUAUCCAUAUCACAUGUGCUUAGGAUGGGAUAUGUAAUUUUUUUUUCUUCUAGAUUUGGGCCAGAGAUGAGAUUAAAUCAACCCAUUUCUCUGGGAAUUGAGCUGUAAGAUGUCCCCAUGCUUUCUCUUGAUCAUGGCUUGCUGCUGCUGUAAUGUGGGAUGUUCACAUUCAUGAAAACAGUUGGCCAGGGAAUUUUCAGUGGGAACAGGCUAGUCCUUGACCCUUUGGCCAAGUACCAGUGUACAAAAUUUCAACCUGUAAUUUAUGCAGGGAAUGUCCCCAAAUUGUAAAGGGUUUUUGUCAAGUUUGUACACCUUUAUUUAUUUAUCCAUUUAUCCUGACAGGAAAUGAGAGGUCUCUGGGUCAAAAAAAUAAACCAUUUACUCACACAGUAUUUAGUGUCCCCUCUGUGGGGGACUGGAUGAAGGCUAGAUGCAUCUUCAUGGGUGGGGAUUGCCCUUGUUGUUAGCUGCUGUCCAGUUAGCCUCUGACUCAUGGCGACAUAACAGAAUGAAAUGCUUUCUGGUCCUGCACCAUCCCCAUGGUCAAUUGGGGAUCAGAUCACUGUGAUUCAUAGGGUUUUCACUGGCUGAUUUUUGGAAGUAGGUUGCCAGCCUUUUCUUCCUAGUGCAUAGUCCAUCUUUGUUUGGAACAGAAGAAAACCUAUUGCAUUGAGUCGAUUCUGACUCAUAGUGACCCUAUAGGACAGAGAACUGCCACAUAAGGUUUCCAAGGAGCGACUGGUGGAUUCGAACUGCUGACCUUUGGUUGGCAGCUGUAGCUCUUAACCACUACACCACCAGCGUUUCCUCUUAGUUUGGAAGCUCUGUGGAAACCUGUUCAGCAUCACAACAAAAUGCAAGUCUCCACUGACAAGUGGACGGUGGCUGCACGUGAGGUGCAUGGGCCAGGAAUUGAACCCAGGUUUCCAGCAUGAACCAAAAAACAAACCCAUUGUCGUCCAGUUAAUUCUGACUCAUAGCGACCCUAUAGGACAGGGUAGAACUGCCCCAUAGAUUUUCCAAGGAGCAGCUGGUGGAUUUGAGCUGCCUACAUUUUGGUUACCAGCCAAGCUCUUAACCUUUGUUGGGAAUUCUACCACUGAACCACCAACGACCUCAUAGGUUUCCCUACAGGAUAGGAACCCCGAUAUUAUGAGACUGGAAGAGUAUAUGGGUUGAUCCAUCUACCCCUUCUUCCUUCUAGGGGGAAGGAGGGAAAGAGACAGAGAGAAAUAGAGAGACCUUUGCAUUGGAAUGUAAACAAAUCCCUCCUAGGGAAAGGAGAGGAAAGUCCUCAGGCUUUUAAUACCCUUAGAAUGUAAGCAAAUGGCUCUGGAGAAGAUAAAGCUUUAAAUCUCUUCAGAGCUAUUCACUAUUACUGACCUAGAGGUCUGUUUACCAUUCAAUCAUCCUUUAAUCCAGCUUGUUAGUAAUUUUUACUCAGAAACCCUGACAGUAUAGAAAAGUGAAAAUAUUCAUGAAGCCUUGUUUCCCACUGGUCUUCCACAUACAGCCAUGAUGGAGUAACUGAUACUAGACUUGUUCCUCUGCCAUCAACAAUGAGGAAACUGGGCAAAGUAUAUGACACAGUACGUUCAGACAUUAGGUAAAAAGAAAUCAAGACUGUAAUCCUUAAGAGAGGGGAUAUCACGAGAUAAGCCCCAGAGUCACCUCAGUGUUUUGUACAAAAGUACUUUCUGGGCCAGCAUGCAGGGAGGGGGAAGCCAAGCAGAGCACGGAAUUCUCACUGAGUGAGGAAACAACAAGCUGGACUCAGAGAGGCUGAGGCAGCUCAAAUUUGAAGGACUGAGUACCAGAGAGGAGAGAACUUUCAAGAAGUGUUUCAGAAAUCUGCAGAGUUAUUCCCUUGGGUCUUUGCCAUAAUAUGAAGCUAAGCUUACAUUGGGUGGAAAUCCAUGAGGCCAGGGAAAAAAAAAAAAAAGAAAUUGUGAAGAACUGAAAAUUGAAUAACUCCCAGAGCUCACAGAGGGAUAUCCCCAACUAGUCAGAGCAGAGACACAUGCUGAAUACUUGGAGUAUUCAUUAGUAACCCCAGAGCAGUUAUGCUUUAGCAACAGGGCUAGCCUACUAGCCAUAGAAUAAAGCCUCCUCUAGACUUGGCCUAAUAAAUCUUAAAAACCAGCUUUGAAAGGACAAAUCUACUUGCCAAAACAAAAUAUAAGACUCUUUAAUGAAAAGCUAUAAUGGGCAUUCGAUUUUGCCAAAUGUUCCAAAGUAAUUUGAUGGGGGGAGGAAUAGUCUUUUCACCAAACUGUGCUAGAACAACUGGACAUUAAUGUGGUGAAAGAAAAAAUAAAAAAGUACUUUAUUUCUAGUUUUAAAGAUACAUAAAAUUAACUCGAAAUUGAUUAUAGGCCUAAAUGUAACAGCUGAAAUUAUCACAUUUUUAGAAAAAAAAACAUAGAAAAAAAAUCUUUAAGAUCUUGAGUUAGCCAAAGACUUUUUGGACAUACAAAAAAUGAACCAUAAGGACAGAAUUAAGAAACAGGACUUCAACAAAAUUAGAAACUACUUUCUGCUUGUGAAUGGCCAUCUAAGAUACUCCACUGGUCUCACCUCAUUUGGAGCAAGGGAGAAUGACGAAAACAAAAGACACGAGGAAAAGAUUAGUCCAAAGGACUAAUGGACCACAUCUACCACAGCCUCCACCAGGCUGAGUCCAGCACAACUGGAUGGUGCCUGGCUACCAUCACUGACUGCUCUGACAGGAAUCACAAUAGAGGGUCCCGGACAGAGCUGGAGAAAAAUGUAGAACAAAAUUCUAAAUCACACACACACAAAAAGACCAGAAUACUGGUCUGACAGAGACAGGAGAAACCCCAAAAGUAUGGCCCCCAGAUACCCUUAUAGCUCAGUAACGAAGUCACUCCUGAGGUUUACCGUUCAGCCAAAGAUUAGACAGACCCAUAAAACAAAACAAGACUAAAUGGGCACUCCAGCCUAGGGGAAACGAUGAGAAGACAGGAAAGCUGGUAAUGGGGACUCCAAGGUCAAGAAGGGGAGAGUAUUGACAUGUCAUGGGGUUGGCAACCAAUGUCACAAAACAAUAUGUGUGUUAAUUAUUUAAUGAGAAACUAGUUUGCUUUGUAAACCUUCAUCUAAAGUACAAUAAAAAAAAAAAAAUUAAAA